AUGAAUAACUAUACACUAUUGUUAAUUUUGGUAUUCGUCGGAGCUGAGGAUUGUAAGACACCCUCAAGAUGUUCACUAAUGACCCAAUUUGUUCAGAUUUUAUGCUUAUGGAAUUUCACGAAUUCUGCAUGCGUCCACCAAACAAUGGUUUUUAUAAGGUCUUAAAUUCGGACGAUCUUCUGCUUCACAACCAAAUUGUUCUUUACUGGAAUUCUUCAUCCACGCGCAACUUUGCUCCGUCAUCACAUCGAGCGACUACGCACUCGCCUUCCGUAUGUCCGGGAGUUACUAUACGACCGGCCGGUCGAUACGUCAGGAGAUUUCUCUCUGAUGGCGCCGUAUGUCAUCUGAAUGAAGUUCUUUUUGGCGCUAAGCCCCUUUUUAUAUUUGGGUUUCCUAUUAUAAAUAAUUUUUUCCGUAGUUGUUUCUGAUACAAUUGUGCAUAACUCGAGUUAUGCACAAUCAUGGAGAUCUCCAUGAUUGGCUCAGUCAUGAUUGCAGCAACUUUUUUUGCCAGUUAUUUGUCUUGAGUCGAUAGUUUCCUUUUGUAUCAUGGCUCGUUUCUGACCCCGGUACGUCCCCUGUAACAGUCCUGCCUAGCACUAAUUUCUAAACCCCUUUGUCGGCAUACACUGAAGAUGCCGCGGCUGCUGGACCACAGAUUUGGAAAUUGGAAAUUUUCUGACAAGAAUAGGUUGAUUCGAAAUUACUCUAAUUUAAUUGACGGGCCACUUCUCUGCAGUGACUAAUAAACACUUUUUUCAAGCAGAUAGAAGGGAUAACAGCCUGACCCAUCAAACCUGUGUCAGCACCAGCGUCAUUUCCUCGGAUUUUCCAAAAUGCGUUUAUAGAAUUACGAGUGUAUGAACUACAUGCGUUUCUUGUUUAAUUUGCAGCGGAUGAGGAUACGUUGGAGGGAGCUCCAAAGCUAGUCUGUCCAGUCCAGUGAUUUGUUAGUUUGUCUGGGACAUUAUUAGAACUGCACUAUCUCAUUCUAACAACGUUAUACUUAAAAACGGCUGGCGAUCAAGACGACCCCGUUAUAACUGGUCGAACCACUUGUUACUUUCUAAUCUAAGGUAUUCAUCCUUUAAACCUCAUAUUCAGGAUGUAACCCUAAGAUGGAAUAUUUCAGUCGCCCUUAUAGAAAAUGUUUAGCUAUGCGCCUGCCUAUAUUCCCUUUUCCCACCCUUUACAUGCCAAAGUCUUUGUCUAGUGAGACCAGAUGUAUUUUACUCUGAGUAGGCUCAAACGAACCUGAGGCUCUGCUGUUUUGGUGAAGACAUUUGCAUUGAGCAAGCCUCUGGAGUGACUGUUAACACCGUAUUUAUUUGAUCGAGGACUAAGCAUCUGACUGGUUGAUUGUAAACAAAAUGCUAACCUGUGUAGUAGUCUUUGAAUAUCGGUGUUUCCUUGUCCUUUACUGCCAAAAUUUGUAGCUAUGCUGAUGUAUACAAACGUUCUUGAAGCGCAUUCCUUAGAGACUCCUAGAAAAUGUAUACGCUGGCAUCGGGAAAUUUUAUUUCUUUCGGGGAGCACUUAAAUCGCGGAAUUGAUUGUAUAGCUUCUUAGAAACAGCACUUCGCUUUGUCUGAGUACUGCCAAAUUUCAUCCAAACUUCUUUAGCCCCAGUUUGCUUGAGCAGUUCUUGUUCAAGCAUUAUGUGAGAAAACAGUAAAUCAAAAUUGCUAGUGGUUUAUUGAAGCUAAUAUAUGACAAUCUCACUAGUAAAUGCAACCAAUUUGGACACUUGACGAGUUGCGAUUUCGUCCACUAAGACUAAAAUAAGUGUAAGGUUGACCGAACAAACCUUGUCGCUUCCUGUCUUCACGCGUAAAAUUUUAAGUUGUAUACUAAUUACUUCGGCUGAAUGGCUGCGCAAUGUUCGCAAACGUGGUUGGACAGUAAAUGGCGUGCUGAAUUUACGUAUGAUUAGGUUAGUUGCGCUCUCAAUAUGAGCACCAUAUUAAGCUUAUCCCUUGUUAGGUAGAGGGCGUGGACGUACGUUUUUAUAACAUCUUUUCUUGUGACGUUUCAGAUGAGAAGGCCCGUCAAUAAAUACAAUCCAUAGAACGCGAUGAACUGUCUAUCAAUAACUAGUCUUAUCUACUUCCAUUGGCUCUGUACGACUACGAGCGUGAUUUUGGAAUGCAAGGAAAGCAUACCUAUUCCACACUUGGUCUUUGGUAAUUAAGUUAUUUGUCAUUAACGCCCACAAAAAGCGAUUCCCUAAGCAACGACAGGUUUUGUUUUUAAGCCAGGACCAAGAUAAUAGAGAGUAGGCUAAAUGACAGAUUCGGCAUCAGGACACCGCGUCCUGCAUGCGUUUAGACUGUUAUUGGUUCAGUUUUAUCUCUCGCUACAAAAAAAGGUUUUCGACUGCGUGAGUUCACUAUUUCGUACAGCCUAUUUUAACUGUCUUCACUGAGGAAAUCACAGAUUCUCCUUUUGCUUAAGAACACAAUUCUUCAUACUCAAAUAGUCGCUCGUGGUAGGUCGGUUAUUUUGCAGACCCUGUUGGCGUGGCUGCGGGACUUCCAAGCUCGGGUAUCUGGCACGAAAUCAGAAGGUCGGCUGUUUGAUCCCGGUUAAUUGUUAAUCGUGUCCAAUUUUUGUGUUCGCAAGAAAAAUACUCAGUACCUACGAGGAAGCAUUAGUCCUUUUGACGGAGCGCACUUCGCCUUUUUGCUUCCCUUCCAACCCGUACGCUUUCAGCUUCAAUGAAUCAGUAUUUUAACUAACUGUAGGAGCAAACCUUUUCGAGUCGUAUAAGUACCUCAGUCUCAUCUCGAGCCAUAAAAGCACGGAAUACUAACGUCUUUCCACACAUCCUGCUACAGACACCUACAUUUUGAGCCGUAUUAGGAAGCUGAGCAAAGAAUCGACCGAAGCUCGCCGCUUCUUCCACACCAAAACAGCAGAAUUUCUCAGCUUGCUUUUAUUUUUAUGCAAGUUAAUCCUUCUCUACAUUAUGUCGGGGACGUUUUGUUUAUAAUAGGCAUAACUGUCAUUUACUGUCUUCACUCUUGUACUGGAGGCUGAUGCCACGUUAUUUCUGCCAACAUACCUGUAGGUCUAUUUCUGGCUUCUACACGCCCGAGCUACCAUCACCUGCCCUUCCAACCAGCCUGCACCCGCACCAGAGGAAUUCCAGGUCACCUUUGAGCAGUGGCUCGACUCCUCCACGCCCGGCUCCAAGAGUGUCGAAACGGAAGAGGCCUAUGACAGAGGCGACUCCUUUUACCUACCUGGCCACAAAGUGAGUUAAUUUUUGACUUUUGAUCAAAAAUCAUCAUAAGUGUAGUUCACUUCCUCACUCUAAAGGAAGUUGUCAUCUCAAAUGCCUGGGGCUUUUGCGUUUUUACCUAUCUAUCUUCUUUCUUUAAUGACGAGCGGGCAAAAUGCGUCCCCUGCCCUUCCACAUAAUUCCCUAGUCUUUAUUUGUACUUCAGCCUCCAAGGAAGCGAUUUUCGAUACCACUGUUUGAAAAAGCUGAAUUUGUGCUGGAGGAGAGUUAAUUUUCAAAAAAGAUCUAUUCAAAUUGUGCCGCUAGAUUGCUUCCUCAAACGGUUGGGUUUCCGCUAACUUGUAUGGUGCUCCUUUCAUAUGAAUAAAGAAAUUGUGCAGUCGGUCGGUCACUGGCGAAGUCAGUUAUUUUUUUCUACUUUCGUAUCAUAUAUCCCAGUAGGGCGUACAAUUGUCCGCCAUAAAACGGGCUUCAGGGGGCAUUUUCGCCUUCGGUACAUUUCGUAUCGUAAGGCAGCAGAUGUAAAUCUCAACGUGCCUAAUUCGACUGAAAUAGGGACUUCAGCUCAUAUAUAGAAUGCGCAUUAAUUAUAAAGUCCAUAACCACCGAAAUGCUCUCUGUCAACGUCGACAGUUGGACCGUGCCAGGCUACGAACUCCACCAGGGCUCCAUGAGGUGGGACUUGUGUGUUAUUUUCUAUGGUAGGUCAAAUUUUCGCUGUAUCUAUUUCUCACUGUCCUCUAGCACUAUCUACCUUCUUCAAAUGACAAAAAAACGUCAAGACGGUUGUAGGUUGGUGUGGGUGCAUCGCCUGACAAGACUAAACGACCCGUAUGCGCGGCGUGGUCUCUAACUCAGGGCCAACGUAGUUCUUGGAUCUUGCAUAAAUGAGACUGCCAUACAUACCACAUUAAGAGGGAGUUGUUGAGGCUACAAUAUCAGUUCUGAAUAGGAGUGAUUUGUAAUUAUGCCCUACGACAGGAGAGGAGUAACGCGUUUUCUUCAGUUCUUUUCUGAGGGAAAUGACUGACCCUAGGGGUUCAACAAAGAUCUCGCCUCCAUAAAAAUAACGACCAAUUGGAAAUCACUAUUAGGUCAUUGUGUGCCUUAUACAGGAAACUUCUCCAGUUCGGCCAGGUGCCAACGCCUGGGUCAGCUGGAUUUCAAUCACUGUAUAGUUCUAGAAAACCCAGUUUUGUUCUGCCCAACACAUGCUUUCGACCGACACUAACAUGCCCAUUUGAGGAGAAUACCCCUUCUCAUUAUGCAAGGCAAACAAUGUUAGAUUCAUGCAUGAGUGGUGUUCAGGGUUGAAUACGGUACAUUCGGUCUACUUUGUACCCAGCUCUGCCCCACAAAAGGCGUUUAUGUGUCCAAUGUCCAACAAGUCCGUUGCAGAACCGAGCUUCUCUUCUGCUUUAGAUGGAAAUCAGAGACUCACGUGCUUCUUUAAGUUGCUGUGGAAUACUAUUCACCAGAAAAAAGAACACGCGGUCACCGGAACAGCAGUUAUAAUAGGCCGAGCUUUUGGACUGGUACGGAAGCCUAUCUUCGGGACAUAUAAAAGGAUAAUAAAGCAUGAACAGUUUUUUUUAGUCUGGCAACACCGGCAUGGAGAGAGGAGGGGGGAAGCUAUGUCUUUGAGUGGGGCUGGAGUCACGCUACCUGUCGGCCGUGUUCUCAUCGCUCCAUCUGGCCACAUGAGCAUAACACGUGAUAACGGCGGCGGGGGGGGGGUAUAUCAAUGUGUUUAUUUAUAGAGUUGCCGUCAGAGAUCCGGGCCUUCGACAACUCCCGCCCCCUUUUUACUACUGCUCCGCGCUAUUAUUCGCGUGCCGGCGAGGCUGCGUUUGUGGUCUUUCUCCAAGGUGAGGGUAGCAAACUGGGACAGCGAGUCGCCUCUCACGGCUUGAGUACUGGCUCUGAAAAAUGUCAAUGACUUCACAAUACUUUCUCUAAAAUAAUUCCGAUAGACUAUUCUUGCAGACAUUGAAGCCGUUUGAGCAGUUGGAAAACUAGCAGCCUGGGGUGGGAUGUGAACGUUGCCACGCCUAUUCCAUCUUCUUAUGAGAGUGAAUCCGAAAUUCCCUCGACGUGCAAAUUGGAGUAAUUUAGCAAAAUGCAUGCCUGUCUCGCCGCGAACAUACUGCUCUGUUAUCCCCCCCCUCCCCGUUAAAUUCAUAAGACGCCCCUUAACUGUCCUUGAGAGUUAAAGAAGACCAAGAUUGGUAGUUGCCGCGGCAACCGUUUUCAGUCCUCCUUACGUAGCUAUAAGAUUUUAAUUGGACAUGCAGGCCGCGAGGUGCGGUGUGGCAUCAGGCAGGGCGUCACGCGCUCGACACACAAUGCCGUGCUGCAAUUGGCUGGGUUCUAGGCCAAUCUGGACCCGACUUUGCAUCGCCACUCUUGCGUCUGGAGACGCUUUGGCCCAGGCCCUAGCCGACGGUGAGCAGAAAUGUGGAAGAGGGUGGGCGAACAGGUUAAGCCCCUUUCGGCACGUUUGCAUUCUUAAUGCAGUGCCCCCUUCCACAGGAAUGCACUGCAAAACCUCGUCUCGUCUCGUUGGGUCUGGGCUUUUUGCAGAGUGGGAUGACACAGUCGCGGCUUACCACAGCAAUAGGGAAUGAGGCAUGGCAGACCGUGUCUGGCCAUCUGACUUUUGCGCGCCGGUGCAAGAUGGAGGGAUUUCAGCAAGACAUACGCUUGGGGGCCGAAUUUCUUGAUAAGCAGAAAAAUCGGUAGAACGCAUAGUGAGGUGGCUAUGUUUAACUCACCUUCACGGCUUUCUGAACCCUGUGUAGGAAAUUGGAAGUGGAAUCCCUAACUUGGCCCUCGUACAGGUCGCCGCGGGCUAGAUUCGUGAUGUCUAGUGGUGGGGGUACCUUAGUGUUUUUUGUUUCUUAUUCUUCUGUUGCUAAGACGAGCAAAACAGCGCGAUAGAAUUCGGAGAUCUAGAUGAUAAAAAAAACCCAGGUACUGGUGUGCCAAACAUACUGUCACCUGAAUUCACGAAGCAAAUCUGCCGCUUACAGAGAAUUUUGUCUCACUUCAUUGACUUCGUAAAUCUGGUGUCAGGGCAUGAUGACCUCCACAAAUAAGCAGCCCUGAACCAUGGACCGUCAAGUGGUUGGCCUUACCAAGUUUGGACAAGUAGGCUGCACGACAUAGCUACUCAUUGUUAACCACAAAAGACAUUACUUGUCAGAUUUGAUUUCAACUCCCUGCAAAAUAAGCCGGAGCAUUGGAUGGGGGCUUUCUUUUAACUAGCGAGCCAAGCAGCUCCCGUCUAGCUUUCUGCAUCAAACAUCUCCCAGCCACCUCGAGUUUCUUUUGACGAAGAUUUUGUUCUCCAUGCUCCCGCGCAACCGAUAGAAUGGGCAGCACUAGUCCUCUGCCAUGGACAUUUGGUAGGCAAUCCGAAUGCUCUGAGAAGCUGACCACCUCUGGUAUUGAAUGCUUGAAAUUGGAAAAGAACAGCGACCCUAGGGCGCGGAAGUUGCCAGUACGUGGUCUUAAUGCGCUGUGGAUGCCCGCACUGGCGUGCGAGAGGUCAAGUUCUCCUGUAUCAUCCCUUACAUCUUCCUCUACUAGAGCUGUCUAUGCGAAACCCCAGGUAGGCUGGGUAUGGCGGUCGUCAGUUAAUGAUCUGUUUCUACGCAUCAGAUAGUCAAUGAGCGGCAAGCAUCCGUGCAACUCACACGACACCUUGUUACCCUCUCUGCCGUAUAUAUCUACCUUCUCGCAUUCACUGAUUACCAAGGCUAUAAGAGCGUCUUCUGACGAGCUCAUUUUUGUCGGCGACAGAACGUACUUGGUGGAGUCAUGCGGUCGUUGAAAGGACCACAUUAUUGACUUUCUUGACCUUGGUAUACGCCCGAAAGCAGCGAAACAAAGCCGAUGUUAGCCGACGGAAACCGUCUGUCGAGUCAGUUUAACAUUACUGCCGAUAUCCACUAUGCAUGCUUUUGCACCCAGGCAGUUUGAUUGCAUCCAAAGAACCCGGGGAUUCUGUCAUCUCGGAUGCUUGAGGCGGGUUGGAUUAUUCAUGCUUGUAGUGUCAACGCCCUUGAGGCAACUUACGUCUUUAUUCCUGCAAACCCGAAAACUCGGCCCAUAACGCCGCCUCGAAAGCCCCUUGUCCGGCGCCUUGGGAUCGUGAGGUUACGACGGCUUAGCUCACUUUUGGCUCUGUAAACUGAGACGCUGUCCCAGUGUGCAACCUGAAUCAAGACCGACAGCGUUUCUAGUAGUAUUUCUCGAUAUUAUCAACCAGCACUGAAAUGAUUGAACUGACGUUGGAACCCUAUGGAUGUCUCUUUAGACAGCUAAAACUACAGCCCAUAAUUAGGUUUUCUAACGUCUGACCCGUGGGGAGAUGCUAAACAUCCGCAGACUAAACUACGACCCAUUGAGGUUCGCCGACAUUGGCAUUCCGCUGCCCCCGGUGCGUGACGUACUAUAGCGGCCUAGGACGUCAAGGGUAGCACACACCAAAUGGGCGAAGCAUUGGGAAGAGGUCCUGACUAGCGUCGAUCUGAAUAGGGUUGUUAGUAAGUCGUGAUACUCAUCCGCACGUAAGGGAAGAAGGAACGUCAAGAAGGCGAUAAGGUAUAAUGGACAGAGACGGGGAUUGGAAAUGCGUAUAAUAAUAGUUAAUCAUACAUGCAGAAUGAGUUACAACAGUGGAGUCACCUGUCGGGCUGGGGAGGCGAUACCGGUAUGCCAGCUAAUUAACCGGCGGGGAACGCAGCGCUGUGGGCAACUGUAGGGGAGGGCCGAGCGAGGUGCCGACGUAGAGACAGAGAGAGAGCGAUGCGAGCGUCGCGGUAAGUUGUGGGAAGGGGAGUUGGCGGAAGUGAAGGGAAGGGACACCGACCAUCUUCACCAGCACGCAGUUACGCCAUCACCAUCCUAGUUCUGCGCGCCAAAAAGUGUUUCUCCAUUCAAACAACCCUAUCGAGAUCGUGGGGCAUUACAGUACAUCACCAAGCAGUAAGAGGCGAGCUUUUAUUUACCGACUAAGUCCCCGUCUAUCACUGACACAUCUUCCGGAGAAAAGAUGAAACAUGAAAGCUAGCCGGGCGCAAGUCUCGAUAGCACUGCCUCGAGGACUCCUGAUGAAGACAUUCUCAGACCUGCGUGUCUCACAAAGGAGGCCUGAUUCAGUGGCUUGUGUUAGGGGAUUUCACCCACAGGGAGAGUUAGCUAGCUUGUCUACUCGCUGCCGUCAAUGCACCAGGGCGUGUUGAAGGCCAGCUUUCAGAAGAUUUUGACGGUGCCGCCUACAGCUUACUCAUACAGGCUGGCCAGCCCUGCGUUUCCUGAAAAAAGCGGCACACCCAGGGCGCCAUUGUUUUCGUCCAUGGUGCUUCAUGCACUCAGAUAUCCGUUUCGUCGGCCUGCCGUAUUGUAUCCUUCAUCCCUGAAAUGGUCGACCAAAGCGUCUAAACCGCGUCAUUUCCCCUAUGUUGUAUCCCCUGGACUUUUUACAAAUUAAGCCUUGUCUUUCGAUAUCUUGGCGUCAUCUAAUCUUUCCUGGUCUCUUCACGCUUAGUCAUCUUUAAGUAGGCAUAGGAAAAUAAUGUAUUACGUUGGGCUUCAAAUUGUGAUCUUCUGCUGCUUCGCCGUUGAUGUGUCAUUUUGUUGAUUCCUGCCUUCUACCUGCCUGCCUUUUACUGUUCUCCCAUGAUGUUCUAGUUUUUUUAAAAAAAGAUGAUAUAUGUAUACCUAAGCGCGCGAGGAGGGCUGUUUCGCUUGCCCUUACUCACCAGUGAUCAAGCGGUGAGGUUGAAAGCAAUUGCUGGCGUUGUGCAAGGCUCCUUUCACGUGUUGCACACGCACGCGACAGUUCAAUCAUCGUUUCCGACGAUGUUCGCCGUGUGUUCCGCGGCAUGACGGGUGCAGGGGCGGUGACUUGCGCUGUAUAUACAGCAUCCUCUCCUACAUCACCCACCUGGUUCAAGACAAAGUUAAAAAGGCCGGAAGCAAGACUGGGCGCAAGUCGCUGGCGCCUAAGUGUACCACGACAGCUCCUUCCCUUGUAUGACAUUUGUUAUGGGUGCGCAGCCUAAUAACAAGUGCCAGGCCUUGAUCUCCCCUCCGCGUUGGUUCAGCACAACUCACGCGUGGCCCCUUGUAGGGGCCAAGCUACUUGCACAUGCGACAGAUCAACCGUCGCGCUCGACGGUGUCCACCCUGAGCUCCACAGUAAGGUGAAACAGGCGCAAAUACCCUCACCUGGUUUAGCCCGCCGGUCGAGGCGGUCACGGGGGGUGUGGUCGCUAGACAGAGCCUAGCUUCGAGGAGCCAGAUGUGAGAGUUGGGUGCCAGUUGCUGGACGCUGGGCGUAGUCAACAAUUGCAAGCAAGUGAGCGACCUACGAAGACCUCCAUGUGGACCCACAACUGGCCCCCUCUAAAGCCCGCUCACAAGACGCACGACAGCUCGACCAACGCCAUCCACGAACCAGUGUUAGUCGCCUUUGGCUCAGCGCAGAAAGGGCCUUUUGCGGGUGGGGAGGGGGGAGUACUUAUAAGUCAGUCCAACCCCCAGCUUGCUCGAACUUUGCUAGUAUUUAGGCGGUUUUGAUUACAAGACGUCUGGACAUUUCAGCUUGUCCAAUCACCCCUCUCACGGAUUCGUAAUCAGAACUGAAUCACGUUCAAUUCGUGCUUUUGAACCUUGCGGGGCCUUUUAACAAACGCGUUUUUUCACUCCCCUUCCUCUAAGCACCACCACUUUAACACGGAAAGAAAGACCGAGUUCACUUUGACAAUUACUCCAUAAAUACCCAGAAUUCUGGAUGCCAUUAAGAACAUGGAUUCUUUAGGCAAGAAAGAAUAAAUUGUCGGAAUGUUCAUUUCUUCAUGUACCCCGCCCACGCUUUAGUUGCCGACAAGUCAGAUGUUUUGGGACAUCAGGGCACUUCAGAGAGCCGGCACGAGAAGGCCGACUUUGUUGUUGUAAAAGGCGGUCGCCACGCGCCUACCCGACGCGUGGUGGCUGCGCCUUAAUCCCUAAAAGUAACCUCUCGUUGUGGGUGAUCGGUGUGUUUUUAAUUUACGACUUAUGGGUCAUGCGAGUUCCGGAUUACCUGUUUUUCUACCGCAUGCUAAUUACAAGGUCAACGAUGCGAGAUGAUGGUGGGGGAGGGGGGGGGGGAGCAGCGGUGUAGCUUCACUUAGCUUCCUGUAAUCCCUUUCGUUGGAGUUAUGAGGUCAAGUUCCACUGGAAUUCGCAGGUAGUAAAUAUCAGUGUUUGGCCAUCUUCGUUCCCUGCGUGCGCAUUUUCGUGCUACUGCUCCCGGCUGCUGGUCAGGGUUAUGAUUGGUUGAAUGAAAGCAGAAUAAGCCCGAAACAGUACUGUAUCAAUCCACCCGCAUCCUCUAUCGUACCUCCUUGCCGCUAUUAUGACUUGGCCGACUUCUGCCUGAUAGUUGGUUGCCUGUUCGUGAUCUUUGCCACCCAUACAGAGCUUACUUGCUUCGGAAAACCCAUGGAUUGGCGUGCGUCUGUUCCUGCCCGAAUAAAUACCCGAUCUGCAGCGACAGAGGAUGACAUGUGGCGAGGCACUAAUGAACGUCGCCUCGAUGAAGUGCUUAUGACCUGUCUGUGGACCAUCGGCACCGUGUACGAGCGCAUGCUUAUGUUUCUGGUCCCAACUGGCGGUCGAGUUAUCAAUGACUAAGUGGAGGCAGAGUAGGCCCGAGGAGAGGAGGGUGGCCGAUCAGUGCGAAUGAGGGCGGCUGGAUUAGUGGUCGUUGAUGUGGAAUGGGGUCAGGGGUUAGUGCGCCGGUGUUGGGAGUUUCGAAAGAGGCCUGAAAGCGUGUGCUAUGCCAGUAUCGGCAAACCAUGGUACUCAUAGCCUAGUAUGCACUGGCAGUUCCCUGACACCUGGUUCCCUGCCGGUAGACGCGCUUGCGCUGCCGCUGGGUAUACAAGUGGUGAGCGUGGCUGCCCAGUCAUCCUCUUCUUUCUAACCCCUGUUGGGGUGUUGUUGUUGGCCAAAAUCCUGGGCAAGUGUUUGUUGUGGAUCAAGGGGUGUGGUGGCACGCCUACGUGCGGGUCCGGCAGUGUAAACCACCUGCGCCCUCCCCCGCCUCCGGUCCUCUUGACCUAUGUCUUGGCACCGGGCCAGGUGGGGAAGAGGAGGGGGAGCGAGUGCGGUAGAUGCUGCGUAAGCCUACCCUUAUUAUAAACUAACUCACACGCAAGUCAUCGUGCCUGCUCUAUCUUGCUGUGGAGCACAGAGUGAACAUUUUCGGCCACGACGGUCGAACUGUCAUUCGUUGUUCAGCUCAAUUGUGGUCAUCGUUUAGCAGUCGGGCUCAUUUCCUUGACCUCCAGCAUUGGGAUUACAGAGAUCUCAUAAAAGCGGGGUCUUAUCCUUAGUCUGGAUGCGGAAGACUCGCACGUCCGUGAGUAGCAAAAAAUGAAUGUAAAGCACAAAAGUCAUCGGGUCUUACGAAUAAGCAGUCGGCGGCCAAACAGUGGUAAUGCUUCAAGACGUGGCUGAUUUCCAAACCGGCAAGCCAAAUGCCUGUAAACAUGUCACAAGCUGCAGCGCAUGACAAGUGUUGUCACUUACCGACCAAGACUUUGUGCCGCUGUUUAAGACACCCUAAAACUCUUAAACUGAUGUACCAAAUGGGGCGGACGGAGGCAUCUACCGUCGAAUCCAGGACUUGGAGGAAAUUAUGUCUCCUGCACCGCAAAAAUGUAAAAUUAAGCCUGAAAGCAGCGUACAGCUUUCCUACGCAUUCCAUCUUCAGAGUCUCCGAAUAUGAACGCGCUUUUAGUAUCAGAACGCGAACAGAUUACUGUUACGGAAAAUCGACGUGGCUUGUUCAAUAACGGUGUCGCUUAGUCUAACAAAUAAAGUCAUUUUCAAUUUACGUAAGACGUGGUAGGCUACCAGUCAGAAAAAGGUCACAAAACGAAAAGCCAGCCCAUGUAUCUGGAGUUACAGGGACUAUGAAAUAGUCCAUGUCCGUCAGUAUGCCAACACAGAGUACUAGAUGGGGAUGUUGAAAAUGGAGCUUCAGCUGGGAAGACGAACCGGCCCGUUGGCCUAACUAUUGGUUAUGGAAUGCGUUCUAGGGUAGGGGAUGGUGAAAAGUUCAGCAAUAAGGAUUGCCUGUGACGUUACGCCUCGUAAGCAGUGCCGUCGGGGCUCCGAUAGAUAUUGGGGCGGACUGCAGCCGAAAUUUAGUACGUACGUGACAAAAAAGCCAUGUGACUUACCAGCGAUGGUAUUCCAUCCCAUCUAGCAACCUAUGUCCAGGCAUCGAAGUCCGAAGCCCAUCUGAAACCACCUCACUGGUUCGGUCAGUCAUUGAGAUGUGAUAUUGCUGAGCGCACUCUGGCAUUGUCUGAGGCGGGUUAACAAGUCGGGAACGUUUCCCACUUUAGCUGUUGUCGUUGCUAACUUGGAAACGCCUGAAGCAGACAGUGACUGAUAAGCUUGCCAAGCGUAGCACGCACUGCAAUCGUUACAUGAAAGUAUUAGACUUAUGAGUUGGUGUUGGUUCGUCUUUACUGAGAUCUCUCUCAACCAAUCUUCCUUACUUGGUCCGACUGGGUGAUUUAUUUUAAUUGAAACAACAAAUUGCAUAAUCAAAGUGCGCCAUUGUUGCCUAAAAAUAUGCGACGAAUUAGCAGAACUUGUGAAGGCUUUCUCAAGCGCCUACAGAGAAGGACGUCUUGACCAGCAAUUUACUUUACAACCUUUUGUCUGCAGCCGCAAAUGUAUGCUUAUCGACAUGGGGAUAGCUUUUCGCAAAGCUUCCUCGAUCCCUGCUUUCCUGCGUAUUGCGCAUCGUCCGAGGUCCAUUGGUCGCGUACUUUAUCGAUUUCACCUACCCUGGGCACUGCGUUUUCGCCACGUUUCUUGCUCAAGUGUCUUCCAUCCUCGCCCCUCCUCCUCCUCCUCCUCAACCCUGUGGUAGUUACGGCGAAGAGCUUUGUAGGACCGCUGUCUCCAGACGCCCGGAACAGGUGGGAGCGGAGGCACUACCCAGGGGCGAGGUGGGGUGGGGAUGGGUGUGGGUUAACUUUACUCUGCACACGCGAGGCAUCUGUGCCCAGGUCGUGCCCUCAAGCCCGAGGUAGGCUUAGACGCCAGUCAGCUAACAGCCUCUCCCCUUCGUUUACUCCUGUGCGCUUCUUUCAACACCCUCUAUGUGGUUGACGAAAAAGCCCCGCCGGUAGCGGUGACUUGACGGCAAUUUAUUGCCGUUUCCGCUUCUAACAAAUAACCUAAAUUGUCUGCUCAUUUCUCACUAACUUCCGCUAUCAGCAUAGCGCGCGAAGCACUGGGAUAUAGCGGGGGGGAGGGGGAGGGGGCGAGGGGGAACGCACGCUAUCGAGGUUGGUUGUGUAUGCACACACUCGACCAGUCCAGAUAAGCCUGCAGGCGAUGGUCGAGAUUAAACCUCUAAUGCGACAGAUAACGACGUCGAUGGGUUAGGAGUGUGGAUAAGGGAAUUGGCGACGGUAAGUACCAGUCCUCACCUCGGCUGUACAAGAGGGGAUAAUCUCUCCAACGGAGGAAAAGAGAGAGGCUGAUUGUCUGAGCUUUCCACUCACACAGAUCAAAGGUACGCUCCGUCACGCAAUCGCAAGACCACCUGUUUUUGGCUAAAAUUCCGGAAAUGUGCGUAAACCAAUCCGGUUUUUUUGUUAGAGAGUAAAGCCUGAUGAAUUUUUGCGCGAGCAGGGUUUUAUCACCCAGUAGUUUAUUAUAUUGUCAUUUAAUAAGGAGGGUAAAACGAUUGCUGUCUCACAAUUGGAAGGCCACUUAAUGUGCCACUGAGGAUAUGACCUGAUGUUGGUGUCGAGUUUUACUCAGGCUGUGGUGCCUGUCAGCAUUGUAAUGACAACCCUGUGAGUAGCGCUCGCAGAUGGAUCUGUUUUCAAAAUUGACGACCUUUAGUCACUUUUCGGUGUUUACGAAUGUCAAGGGGGGGGGGGGGAGCAAAUGGUUGAUUUUACGCGAGGCGAAUGUUCGGCGUUGCGUGCAAUUGGUCGUAACAGUAGACAAAUGGAAUGACGUCUGAAGAGAUCAAAAAGCUCGGUGAAUAAUUGUAAGAAGAUACAGAACAGAAGGAAGAGCAGCUAUAAAAGUCCGUACCGAAGGAGCAUUACGCGCGGGAGGUAGUGGCGCGCGCAUUGUCGAGCGAGCUUUUGGCGCUGGAAUUUUUAACGACUAGAAUCCAAAAUUCAUAACAGGUCGCGGGAUCGAGCCCCAGGUGGUCCACCCUUCGGGGUUGGAAAUAACUGGCUGACGACGGCUAAUAAGCCAGAAAUGGCCAUUCCAGUCUCCCUUGUCUUUUUCGGUUAUACCAUUCUGCCCAUAUCAUGCACAACGGGACGAGUGAGUUCCGUAGAAACGAUCGCUGAGCGCCCCACUACCACAGUUCAUAACUGUUGGUUAAUCGGAAGCUUCGACGAAUACCGCAGCCGGUGAAGUAUCACCAGAAAAAAAGAAUUCAUUGGGCUGAGAAUCGCAUCAACUGGAUAGGGCGGUCUUCUCCGAUGUUUCAUGGGCACCGAUAUCUUCAGUAAGCCGCAUUGUUCAGGUGACUUUUUACCGCUCUUGAAAGCUUUCGUUUCCGCAAGUUGGAAUUGGUACUUUUGCAGGGAACGUACAAUAUUCCGUCAUACAGUCAGCUAUUUUCUGCUCAAUUACCGCGCUUUAUAAUCCACUAUAGUCAUCGAAAUGUGAUGUCUCAAGAAGUCAGUCAGAGGACGAAACGGUAACUAGCAAGAAAUAAUCUUGAUACAGUGGGUUGCCUAGCUCGAAAAAUCUAUGGGACAAUUACAUAGGCGUAUAUAUAUACAUAGUAACAGUCGAACUUGCCGGUCGGGUAACCGCUAAAAAAAGAGUAUUCAGCAAUUGUGUGAUGCGUUGCGCGAAACACAAAUCAACAGUUUGAGCACUAUCGCGAAUGAACGCGACACUGAAGGUCAUAUUUCCUUUUUAAUUCGGACGGGACAAACAUCAUCUGACCGUUAGUAAUUGGUGCUGUAUCCGAGCCAAUUUGUCACAUAGAAUUCUCCCAUGCAAAAAACCCAUUGGUCUAUUCAGAAUGUUUGAGAUUUUAGCCAAAAGCAGGUGUUCUUGUGAUUUUCGAACAGACCAUAGGAUAUCACUAACAACGGCGUGAUUUUUGAGGUGUUGGUAUUCAUCAGCGACCGGUGUUGCAAGUCUGACGGUAGUUGCGCAGUUCAUUGUACACAGAGGAGAGGGUAAUGUACGGACACAUCGAGUUUUUUUGAGAUCUCCGGAGUGUGGUCUGCCUACGGUCUAGCUUACAUUGCGUCGGAGCAACUACCCCUGCGAUUGCCCAAUUGGAGAAGUAGCCUGUCACAGCUCCGGGUUUGAACUUUCGACAACUGUUCACCACCUUGCGCGCAAGUAUGGAUUUCGUGUUUUGAGUGCCAUUAGAUCCGACGUCCGCCAUCGUCUUUGCCGCUUCGAAGCAACAAUUUCUGACCUUAGAAGCCGAUGCGUCUCAUGCCUAUCUGAUAACCUCAUCUCAGAAGUACUUUACCGAAUAAACGCCACCACCAGACGCCAGAAUGAAGAAACGGGCCGAUCUGCAAAAGAAACUAAAAUCUCUUCUUGGCACGGCCAGCGAGACCGGAAUGUCUACGAAGGUUGUUGGCCUUUCGAAAGGGGAUCUUACAUCCACUGAAAUAAGCCUCCCGUCUAAGGGAAUAAGAUUCAGUCACACCUGCACCCACGGACUUCUUAGCCAACCUUAAAUCCCUCCUACUGACCUCCGACGUCCCUGAUGACAUGUGUACAGACAUUCGCAGCUGCUCUUUCGACAAAAGCGACCGAUCGAAGAGGAAAAGGCGUUGCGAUCGCCGAGGAAAGAUGACAAAAUAGUUAUUAUAUCUGCUGACAAAGAAGAAGCAACCGUUAUCAUGGACAAGGCUAACUACAUCAACAAGGCAAACCAAAUCUUCGAUGACAUGGAAGCAUAUGCGCCACUCGCUAUAGACCCUACGAAAUACAGGCCGCGGUUAUCAAGAAAAAAACGAAUGAGCUUGCCCGAUUGAAGCUCAUAAGCCCCGAUGACAACAGAUCUAUGGCCCUCAGUGACCCCUUUAUCGUACGUGCUACGGCCUUCCGAAGGUGCACAAGACAGAUGCGCCGCUGAGGAUCAUUGUGCCACUUAUUGGAUCCCCUACUUACAACCUUUCCAAGUAGUUAUCCAGACAGUUAAAGCACCUCACAAAUGGAUCGCAAUACAGCAUCACUAAUUAUCAGGCUUUCCUAAAAAAGAUCCAAGGCCGUGAAGUAAGUCCUGACAAAUGCAUCCUAUCGUUCGAUAUUGUUGCACCCUUUUCUUCAAUACCGCAUGACCUAGCGAUUGACAGUGUAGCCCGAUGUCUAGAGCAAAGUCCCAUUGGCAUUCCAACACAGCAUGUUCUAGACAUGCUUAAGCUUUUCCUCAAGAAUUAUUGUCAGUUCGAUGAAAAGUACUAUCAACAAGUAAAAGACACCCCAAUGGGCUCACCAAUAUUGGAACUGCUUGCAGAACUAGUCUUGCAGCGACUAGAACAGGAUGUUGUGCAAACCUUCGAAACAAAAAUUUGGCUCCGCCACGUGGACGACACAUUUUUCAUCAUAAAGACCAGCGAAGUUGAGCGAUUGCACCAGAACUUAAAUAGCGUCUUCCCGGCUAUACAGUUUACUCGCGAAGGAGCAACAGGAGAUACCCUCCGGUUCUUAGAUGUGAGUAUACAAAGACUUAGUGAUGGCAAACUAGUAACAAGCGUCCACGGAAAAGACUUUAGUGCCGGAAUCAUCCUUAACUACGGGAGCAAUCAUCCUGCGGCCCAUAAACGAAGCUGUGUCCGCACUCUUUUCCAUCGGGCCUAUCGCAUCUGCAACAAUGAUGACUUACUUAAGAAAGAAUUGGCCUACUAGCAUCGGUUAUUUCGGUCCAACGGAUAUCUUGUCAGUUUUGUAAAAAAUUGUCUCAGACGCCAGAGACAACCACCAAGUCCCGAGUCUAAUGGGGAUCGAGUGUCGCGGAACUUCUCUUCACUGCCGUACAUUCAGGAGAUUUCUGAAACACUCUUCCGGCAAUUAAAACGCUUUGACAUCUCCAUCAACCACAAGUCCACAUAUUCCCUACGCGAGGCAUUAUGCCGAGUAAAGGACCCGGUGCCCAAGGAACAACUAAAUAACGUCAUCUACCGCAUCUCGUGCGCCAACUGCCCUUGCGUUUAUAUUGGCCUUACAGGCCGAUGUCUUGGGACUCGCAUUAACGAGUACAAGUUAGUUCUCCGCCGACGUGACGACGCUGAGGACGGCUAAUAAGCAAGAAAUGGCCAGUCUCCAUUGUCUUUGUCGGCAAUAACAUUCUGCUUAUACACAUGUAUAAAUAUACACAUCUGCUCCCGAUUCCCGGCAGAUAGAUCGCUGAAAAUAGUUAGCAAGCGUCUCGUUUUUAAUAUAUAUUUUCUAGGAAACCUGGUAUUCAUAAGGUCAUAUACAUAAAAGCGGAAUAUUGCAAGAUGUCGACGUAGAUGUAUAGUCUAAUGUCGCAGUCUGGCCAUUAGCACAAGGUUUGUUUCGAGGUAUUUUCAAGGGCUUUAGGAGUUUGAAGAUGCACUUUCAUGGUGCACACAACGAAGCAUGAAAUUGCCACCGGCCUAUUUGUCCUCAGGGGAAAUUAAAAACUCAAGUGUCUCUAUGUUUCAAUAAAUGUGGGGAGUGGCAAACUUUCCUAAAAUCAAAAUAUUUCCACUUUAUUUAUCCUCUACUUUGAAAAAAACACAUUUUAGCCCCAAAACAAACAUGACAAGCAAAAGUGGUGUUUUUACCGGCGAGUUAAGUGAUUUUUUACUCCCACUGGAAACCGGGAGUUAUAACGUGCCCCUAACCCUAACGAUUUUUUGCGAGUGGAAUAAACAUCACCGGCGGGAAAGUAUGUCCCUAGAAAGUUUAAAAUUACAGCGGUGCAUGAAUCGGACAGGUGGUGUUACCCCGCUUCAGUUGACAGUUCACGGUUUUCGCACCCCUCUUUCUGUUAUACACGGGAAACGUUGAUUUGAGCGACCGCGAAAGAAGGAGUAUUGGCAUUAGUUGGAAUAGUGCCCAGGGAAAACACGGCCCGAUAAGUCACUAUGAAUUGUUUCCGUCGUUUCGUGAAUCCUCGUCCCCCAGUUCCCGAAUGAUGGGCGUGCGUCUCACUCACUGAAUAACUUGCAGUGGUCUUCCACUUGCAACCCUCCACCAUUCAGCACUCACAUUUUUGUGUUUUGUGCGUAGCGGAUAGGACCGCAGCCCUUUUACAGGUCUUCGACCCAUUAAACAGACGAAAACCCCCCAUGGGUGAAGACCUUAUAACAGAGAAGGAUAUUUCCUGUCUGUUUUGGUGAGAUUAUUGCUUAAGGAGACUUUCGUUGAUUAGGCAACGCAGCCAUCUUUCACUUAGAACGCUGGCAACUAGUUCAUUAAUUAGCAGUUUACUGGUCCAAAAUAUAUCCUUUGCAUAUUAUAAGUGACGAUGUGACAUAUGUGGUCGUUUGAUCAUGACUGCGUAUUUGACAAGCUGUCAGGCAGUUAAGGUAGUCCACGAACAUGAAGCGGUUUAUCUCACAAAGUCCGUGGACACAUGAAACUGCAUCCCCGGCACCUAUCUUCCAGCCAUUUGAAUUUCAUAUUUUCACAGCUACUUGUGAUAUAUUUUUCCUAGUCAUUAAAUGGUAACUCUAAAAAAUAAAAUAAAUAAAAUCUAAAAUAUCUAAAAUCUAAAAAUAGACAAAAAAGAAUUUUCAAAAAUAACGAAUUUUAAAUAAAUCGCCGCUGGCAAGCUAACAUUCAGUCAGGAAGCCCAGGAAUUCUCAAUCAAAGGUAACGGUGAAUAAUAAGUGAUUUCUACAGUCAUACGGAAUCUUUCAUGCAUUUGUCAGAGUUUCCAGCUACCUGGACUCCUACGACUAUCGUUAACGGCACCCUUGAAAAUCCAUCUGACCACAAAACACCACAAAUCCGCGUCUCUGCUGCCUUAUUUAUGCCUUUUUCUUAAUGUUCAUUUUGCAAACCUUUUCCCGCCUCUUUUCCAUUAUCAUCGGCAGUUCUCAUUCUUCCCCACCUCUCCACUCCGCAUCUUCUUUGUCUUCGCCCACCUUGCGUUCAUCAUUUCUGCAUUCCUUACCUGCCCCGCAUACUCAUUUCCAGUAAUCUCAUUUUUCCGGUUUUCAAGUCCUUACCAGUGCCGAGACUUUCUCCCUCACCCUAUAUUUGAGCAGUUUCUGCCCUUCCCGUCUCGGAGAGACAGUCUUUAGCUGUAUUCGCUGAUUGGGCUUUGCCUGACAGGCCGGCGCAUUACUGAAAAGCCGGCGAGCGUGUGGAGGUAGACGGCGGCGGCGGCGGCGAGCGUGAAAGUACUUGGUUCAGUGCCGUUAUUUUCGCUAUCAUCCGGCGGCAUCCCCGAAUCCUCGAGGACAUUUAACUCUCAGGUGGUUAGUUUCGCGCACUGGCCCCCUCCCCCCCCGCCGCCGCCAACAUCGCCACCGAGAUGAGACGCUAUCAAUGGGCAGUACACUCCUCCUUCUCCUCCUCCUCCUUCUCCUCCUCCUCCUCCUCCUCCUCCCUUUGGGUUUGGGUGCGUUUGGUAUGUUUGACAAUACGGGUGCAAAUCCCCCUUGUUCUUUUUAAAAAAGAGGCUUUUUGACACGACAGUUCCACAGUCGGGCGCAAGGAGUACGCCUAUGGCAGUAAAAGAUGGGUCUAACGCGGGCUGUGCACACAAAAGUUUGUGUCUAGCUGUCCUCUUUGCGUUGGUUGCUAUGUAGGUUGGACUAAUAUUCUCCCUCAGCAAGCAGAAAGGCCGUUAAAUAGUUCAAGAGUCUUUAUAGUUUCGAAAAUUCCCAAAGCAGUGUGCGGAAGACGAGUUGGCGAACAUACAGUGAGUGGCCGAUCUCAUGAAAUUUUGGCUGAAAUUCUGAAAUGCGUUUUCGAUUAGGAAGGAUUACUUGGUCGCGGUUGUAAUAAUGAUUAGCUUUCGGCAUGAUCUUAUAACAUUUCAGACUCGGCAGGAUGUCAGCUUUUGAAUACACUGCUUUUCAAUCUCAUAUAGAAACCGUAGUCGGUAAAGAAUGAUUACUUAAGUAGUAAGCAUUUUUCCCGUUGAUUUUCGAUGGUCUUGGAAAUUCAAAUAUAUCUCAUAGAAACCAUAAACAAAAAUAUGCUUUCCUUCAGUCAAUUAAUAAAGAAUCACGUCUUCUUUAUAUUUUAUACUCAAGGAAGGAGUAUAAUAAGAUUUUUAAAAAGUUUCCUAAUUGCCGAAUUAUUUGGAGCCUGAUCAUUCGUUGCAUUAGCGCUUAGUGAUUUCAGUCUACAAGGUGCAUGCGCUCCGCAUAAAGAAAAUCGCACAUUUUUCUAUGCUACUAAAGAGAUAUCAUAUAGAGUCCAUACAAUUUUGCAAUGGCUGGGGACUGUGUUGUACAUUUCAUGGGGAGCUGUGGUAAAUGGCGAGGUACGAUGCUGUGUGAAUGGACAUUGCGAGGUCUUAAAAAAUCUCAUAAUUAUAAACCAUUUUAAAACCUAAAUAUACUCCUUUCUUAAGUAUUAAAUAUAAAGAAGACGUGAUUCUCUAUUAAUUGACUGAAAGGAAGCAUAUUUUUGUUUGAAUUUACAAGACCAUCGAAAAUCAAUGGGAAAAAUGCUUGCUACUUAAGUAGUCAUUUUUUACCGACUACGGUUUCUACAUGAGAUUGAAAAGCAGUGUAUUCAAAAACUGACAUCCUGCCGAGUAAGAAAUGUUAUAAGAUUUUGCCGCAAGCUAAUCAUUAUUACAACCGCGACCAAGUUAUCCUUCCUAAUCGAAAACGCAUUUCAGAAUUUCAGCCAGCAUUUCGUGAGAUCGGUCAUUAACUGUACGUUCGCUUCCGAUAAAUUCUCCCCAGACCAGUGCACUUAUGUGGGAACGGGGUGCAGUCAAACAUUUCAAUAAUCAAAAAAAUCAAAUAAAGUUCGUUUUUAAAAACAGCUGGAGUGAGGGCGGAAGGGCGCGGACAGUUGCAUGCGGUUAGUCGACCCUGACCAAGGUAAGCGCGGAGCCUGAACGGGGUUCUUCUUCGCGCAAAAGGCUGGUUUUUGUAACCUGAUUGUGCCCGGUUUUGCUAUUGGUAACAGACGCUGGCUUAGGAUAGCUCGAGGGAACCUUAUAAAUCACACAAAAAACUUCGUCGGGGUCCACACGAUGUCCUGGAUCAACUGCAUCCGCAAGAAAGGCGCUGUUUAUGCUUCCAGUUACGCCUUUUCCCAGCCGUGGGGGGGUGUUCUCGUAUUCUUUUAGAUAGGUGCCGACUCGUGCGGCCAAUAUAACCUGCUCCACAGUAGCAAGUAAUGCACAUUAAGGUGGUCUGAGGUGGCAGCUUAUCCUUACUUUCUCCGCGUAAAAUCGGGUUAUAGGAGAAUAAUAUUUGAACACUUGCUGUUGGGAAGGUUCUGGAGACAGCUUGCUCAAGGUGUUUUCUUAGGAGUUUACUCGCAGCGUCUUCUUCGAAAGGGGCUUUGAGGAACAACGGUUUCUUCUCGGUAGACAGCGUGGUGUGUUUUACCGGUCGUUUGGCAAUGGUCUUUGCAAUAAACCUGCCAGGAUAGCAGUUUUCGCGCAGGAAGUCUUGGAUUUUUUUUAAGUUCCAUCUCGAUGCUAUCUCUUGAGCAAAUUUCUCUAUCUCUUUGUGCCAAACACCGGACUAGAUUUUGUUUUUGUUGGAGGGGUACUAAUUUAGCGAGGUUCAUGUAUUGUCCAGAUCGGGUUCUCUUCCGAUAGACGCUCCUUCUGACGUUGCCGUCAGGUCUCCUGUCUAAAAGGACAUAUAAGAAAGGGAACGAACCGGUCAAUUCCAUCUCAAAUGUGAAUUUGAUCAACGGAUUACCUGAUUUACAGCAUCUAAGAGGAGAGCUACGUCGGUUUCUGUGGUGGCGAUCGCAAAAAUAUUACCAACGUAGCGACCGUAAUGUUUAGCUUGUCAAUCUGAUCGCUUAGUUAGAAUCUUUCUAGCUAACCCAUGAAGACAUCGGCUAAGAAAGGUCCAAAAGGCGAGCCCAUACCAACUCAGUCUAUUUGCCUAUAGAGUUGGCUGUCAAACGGGGACUGCACAUUUUAUGUGCAGCUUAGUAAUCGUUCCUUAAGUGUGUUCGUCGGAAAUCCCAUUUCCUGCUGAUUAGCCGAUAGAAGAUCACAGACGUAUUCAACUGUCUCGGUGACCGGGACGUUUGUAAAAAACGAUACAACGUCUUGCGAGCGCAUCAUCAUGCCGUUAUGGCUAAGUUCUUUCAUGUGGUCAAUUAAUUCAAAGGUAUCUCGGUACCUGUGUGGCGCUAACUGGUGUUGUACGGGCUUGAGUUUCCCUGCUAACCACUUCGCUAUCGCAUGAGUUUUGCACCUCUGGUCCUCUUUGCUAUGUCCUGACAUCGGGCCCAGGCGGGAGAGGAGGAGAGGGCGCAGCAGACGCUGCGCAAGUCUUCUAUCACCACAUCUCAGGCAAGUCACCUCCUCUGCUCUCACUUUGCUAGGGAGCACACGGUAGACAUCGUCGAAAUUAACGGUUCAACUGUCAGAAUUUUUGACACUAAUUUGUCCUGGCUGUUUAAAAUAUGGAUGCUUCCUAGUCUGAAGUGGAUACAUGACUGACUAACAAAACUGGGCAUUUUUUACCGAAUAUCAGUGUCUAAGACGGCCUUUUUCCGUGCCCUUGUUAAACAUGAACCUGAAAUCGGUACUAAAUGAAUAGGAAGGGGCAGUAAAAUAAGAAGUUUGUGUCUGACGAUGACCACAGGAGAUUUGGCCAUAUUUGUGGCGAUAUAAAUUAGAGGUCGGGGAUAGUCGAGGCUUGCGGCUGUCGCGCGCCUAUGCGAAUUCAAGGUCACAUACCUUUGCUGCCGUAGAUUUUGCAGGUAAGUGUGGGCUCCUGUGAUAUGCGUGGGCCACUCGAAGCGUGGAGGAGCUUAGGGCGGAAGUAGAUUUAGCCGAUUCUGUCUGUCAAGAGACCGGGGAUUUAGUCACGCGGACCUCAUGCUCUAGUGCCAUAAAUUUGCUUAGCAGAGUUGAACAAAGUUGCCUUCAUAAGUGCAUUCCAGUCCAUUCCAGUCUCCCUUGUCUUUUUCGGUAAUACCAUUCUGUCUAUAUCGUGCGCCGCUGUGCGGCCAUUGGCUGGGCACGAAGUAAAGAGCCCUAAGGCAUAACGGGACGAGUGAGUUCCGUGGAAAGUAUCGAUGAGCGCCCCUCUAUUAAACAAUUCCUUCUCCAAAGAUGAAGUACAAACACGUGCACUUUGAAGACUUUUGCAAAAAAUGACGAGGCAAUUCAGAUGAAAAAUUAGUGUUCGUUCGUCGUUGUCAACCUCCGAUGUCCCAACGCCGCGGCUAGAAGUCCUACAUUUGCUGUCAUGGUUCUUCUCUUUUCAACUUAAGCUUCUUACCAUCAUGCCGCGAGCCAGCGCUCCAUUAUCUGCGAUCAGGAUUGCCUGACUCAGUGCGAGUGGCGUUAACUACUACUACUACUACUACUACUACUACUACUACUACUACUACUACUACUACUACUACUACCACCACCACCACUACUACUACUACUACUACCACUACUACUACUACUACUACCACCACCACCACCACCACUACUACUACUACUACUAAUUCCACCGCCACUACUACUACUGCUACUUCCACCACUACUACUACCACCAUCACCACCACUACUACCACUACUACUGCCACCACUACUACUGCUACUGCUACUACUACUACCACCACCACCACCACCACCACUGCUUCUACCACCACUAUCAAUAGAAACGAAGUGACGAGUCCCAGGAAGCGGUCGUGAAGAAGGAGACACAAGCGCUGGACCAAGAGAUAUAUUCGCCCGACGUUUCGGAUUCCUGCUCGAACCCAUCAUUAGAGACAGUAGCAAAUACGGGUUAUUGAUUAAGAUGACGGGUUCAAACAGGAAUCCCAACAUGUCAUGCGAAUAAAGCUCUUGUUCCAGCGAUCGCGUCUCCUUCUUCACGACCACUACUAUUGCUAUAAAUACUUCCACUACCACCACUACUAGAUAGUUCGACCGUCGUUUCCGACGACGUCCACCUUGUGCUUCACAGCAGAGUGGAGCAGGGACGGUGACUUGUGCGUGAUGUAGUUUAUAGUGAUAGUAGACUUGCCGAGCAGCUACCGCCCUCCUCCGCCUGAGCCCGAUGUCAAGACAGAUCCAAGAAGACCGAAAUCGGGGGGGGGGGGAGGGCGCAAGUGAAUGACAUGGUUGAACCCACACCUUGGCUCUCCACUCCACACUACCUGGUCCACUCAGACAAUGACCAGGAUUUCUACCAACAAAAGGGUGGCUGGUAUGGCCGGAGCCGCACCUAGGCCUGCCGUCACACCUGGCUCGGAUCCCGCGAAAUGGGGGUGCCAUAAACGCCACGUUAAAAAGGCGCCAUUGUGGCCUGACUCUUAGAUCUCCAGUCGGCCGCUCUACACAAACACACAACGCUGGGCCGACUGCGAGGUUCGAGUUACCCAGUCAGUUGGCACCCUUCCAUGCUACGGCUUGUAGUUCACCGUGAUAGCUUCAAGCGCGUCAGGAUGUUUAUAGGGAAGAAAGUGCGCUGAGCCGUCGACUUCAGUCUCCCUUUCCAUUCCCAGGCCCCGGUCACUGUUCGAGCCGGUCAGUUGACGGGUUCGGGGGAUGGGCGCGGUGGCUUUCUAUGCGCGCGCCACACGUACGACCUAAUCCCCAAAACACAAACACUGACGUUUCACAACGGGAAUUGAGCGGCGUGCAUCCCACAUGCGUGAGAGUGCCGAUUCAGCCUGCGUCUCAACCCACCAGUCUGCCACUCCACAGAAACACACACACAACUGGGCAGACCGCGUGGACUGAGUUGGAGCGUCAGUCAGCAGCCUUCCAAGCCGCAGAGCCCGAUGUGCCGUGAUAGCCUCAGACUCAAAUCACAUGCAGUAGGGACCACAUGGAGACACAGCCGAGAAGCACACUUCCCACUUGCGUGGGAGGUGGCAGUCGGAUGCUUGUGGUGGAUGAUAAUGUUGCGUAAUGUAGGUGAAGGAAGAUUUGAUGGUGUGGUCUAGCUGGCCGUUGUCUACCGCAGGUUUUCUUAAACGCACAUAUGGCCUAAUAGGUUCAUGCGGUAAGUGAAUGUGCGGGUGCAGUGAGGGCAGCUGAGGCGGAUGCGGCGAGCAUAUGUAGAUGCUUCGGACACUGGUUCGCCAGUCUCUGUGCGAUGAAUUCGCAGGUGACCGACUAGGCCGAUGUGUGAGGUGAAUGUACGGGGACAGUGUGAACAGGAAAAGUCGGCGACGUCAGUGUCGGCUUCGGAAAUGGUGGCAACACUACCACCGCCGUCACCAUCAUCGCGUCUUUCCCCUCUCACUUUCCGAUAGUCUGUUCUCAGUGUUAACACGAAAGCCCCAAAACAUCCGCGCUUUUCUUCGUCGAAGCCUGCAAUUGCCUAGUGAAGUUUCAUCCGACAGGCGGUUCGCCUAUUACGACUGUGUUUGCUGCCGCUGUAAUGUUUUUCAAUCGAAAACUCUGGGGUAGACCGAUACUGAAUCUGCGUGUACAGUAGGUGGGCUAACUCAUGAAAUGUCAACCGAAAUUCCGAAAUGCGUUCUCGUUUCGAAAAGAUUAAUUAAGUAGGGUUGUAAAACUAGUCAGCCUGCAACAUAAUUCCAUAAUCUUUCAGUUAGCUCAGGACGAAUGAAUUUACUUCCGACUGCAUGCAAAAACUGCACUCUGUAAAAAACGACUACUUAAGAAGCAUGAUUUUUUCUCAUUGCUUUUCGAUGCCCCUAGAAGUUCAAUUAUAUUUCAUGGAAAGCAUGCAUAAAAAUAUUCAUUCUUUUGCUCAUUCGGUGGAAAAUUACAUCUUCUUCCAAUCUUUUACUCGAAGAAAGGGUAUAAUUCGGUUUUCAAAAACCUUUCCAAUUCCAAAAUAAUUUUGAACUCGCUCUACCGUUACACUUUGAUUCAGGGUUCCCAAACUACAAGCCGUAUAGUUUCCGCGUACGGAAAACCACUCAUUUCUCUACGAUAAUAAAGGGGACCAUAUGGGGUUCAUAAAAUUCAGCCUCGGAUUUGAUCCAUAUUGUUAACUUUACAAGCUACAUUGGUAAAUGCAAAGACAUGACGAUUAAUGAGCGGCCAUUUCACGGUAUUUAAAAGUCUCACAGUUAGAAACUUUUUUUAAAACCAAAUUAUCUCUCUCCUUUGACUAUAAAAUUAGAAGAAGACGUAGUUAUCUGCCGAAUGAGCAAAAGAAUCAAUAUUUUAAUGCAUUUUUUCCAUAAAAUAUAAUUGGACAUUUAGGGCAUCGAAAAUCAAUGAGAAAAAUUCAUACUAAUUUAGUAAUCAUUUUUUACAGAGUGUAGUUUUUACAUGCAGCCAGAAGGAAGCUCAUUCGAAAGCUGGCAUUAUGAAGCAACUGAAAUAUUAUAGAAUUAUGAUGCAGGCGGGCUAGUUUUACAAUCUUAUUUAAUUGUUCUUUUGGAACCGAAAACGCAUUUUGGAAUUUCGGUUGACAUUUCAUGAGUUAGCCCAUCGUUCAAGGAUGGGUCGUCUGUUGUAGACAGUCUGGUGGAUUAUCUACAAUGACCUUAGUUCAAAGAGAGUUAAUUUUUCUUAUUGUUCUCAAACACUUCUUCCUCUCUUCUCUCCCGUUGUAUGGUGGUGCUCAUUUACCCCGUUACCCUAUCGCUGGGAGAGCUGGUCACCUAAUUCUCCUCUUUCUUUACCUCACUCAGUAUCCCAUUAAGUUAUGCACCCGGCCCCCCUCCCCUGCCUCAGUGUUAGAAACCCUGGGUGGCCAUGACAAAUUCGCACCAAAGAAUGAAGGGCAGAGCUGGGCGGUGUGCAGGGCCGUCCUUGUAGAUUCCGCAUCCACGUCGACCUUCAGCAUUUUAAUGGCCUGUCACGCUCUCUAACUUCCCCGCCCACAGGGCGAGUUAAUGCGCUUUUACGAGGUGUCCCACAUGCCUUCCAGUUAGGUUCGUACGCGUGUGUGGGUGUGUGGGUGGUGUGUUUGACUUCGCCCUCGAACGGCCUUCUUGGCUGUCGCGUUGCCGGCGAAACGGCUACCAAACUGACCGUUGAGUCCUUAACCAUUAUUGCACAUGCCUAUGACACGCGCCAGACGCUGUGUCCCAUCUCAUUUCCUGUCAUUUUGACUUGGAUAGCUGACAGGGAGAAGGUGGAGUGAAGAGGAUGUGAGCUUGAUCCGGCUCGCCUGGAAGUCUUAGUCCUCCCACAAUAAACAUCCAACUAACAGCACAAGAGUUGUAACUUGAUAGGUUGUCGACGGACGGAUUAAUUCGGGCUUUCUCCGGCUGAGAUGGCUCCUUAAGCGAAGCAGAAGAGGUUUUUAGCACCGGAACACUUCGUUUAUUGUCCUAAGCUUUCUGACUUCUGCGGGAGUCCAUCGUCAGAGAUAGUAGCAGCAACAGGACAAGCGCCAGUUAUGGGGCAUUUGGGCAAAUCAUUGACCAAUGGCGCAAGACUGGAUGUGACUGCGCAGGUCUCUGUACGCCGACGCCAGAUGGAUAAAUCGAUUGACUGAGUUCUCAUCGGAGGCCCAGGCUUCAAUCAAUUCUCGGCCUGUUUUGUUUCCGGCGUGGGCGACUAUUUUGGUGGCUGCGAAGUCAAACUCGUGACCCAUUUCGUAGGUGUGGGCGGCCACUUGUGAUAAUGCGUCGCCUCGUCGCACUGCCAGCUUGUGUUCGUGUAUGCGCGGUCGGAGCAUGCGUCUAGUCUGGCCUGUGUAGUUACAAGGACAGUUUCGACACGGGGUGCGGUACACAACUCCGCAAACACAGGCACUGGCUUAUUUAUGAUCGAAGACUAGGUUGCAUGCAGCAGACGUAAGUAGACUGAGCUUUCGCAUCCCUCCAAAGGCAGGAAAUAAAUCGAACAGACACUUCCUGUAUGUCUCCAUUUCGGAUUUUUUCUCAUGCUUAACUCGGAGGAUCUGGGCGUUUCAAACCUCAUUGACUGAUACGGGGGUAACCCACCUGAUAAUUUCAUUUUCUCCUUCUCUCUCCUGCUCCCAAUGCUGCUAGACCCCCGAGACGGUCACUCUGAGUUGUGACGACACUGGUGUAAGACGCCAGGUCAGCGUAAACCUAACUGACCGACUACGGAUACUGCGCAUCACAUGGAAGUUCUUUCCCAGCCUCCAGCCGCGGUCAAGCCUUCGAGAAUCGUCUGCUGCUCAGCCGCUCUCCGAAGGCAUCACUAAGACAUCGCCAAACCUACGGGACCCCGAUCUUCUAAACCGGCCCACCGCUGUGUCCCCUCCCCCCCGCUCGUCGCUGCCGCCGAUCACGCUUCCACCUGGUUACAGCGUGCGAAUCCAAAUCACCUCACGGUUACAUUUCGGCGGAAAUUUUUCACUGGCCCGAAGUGAGUGCUGUCUCAACUGAUUACUUUUAUUUUUAAAAACUUACAUCCAGAAAGGGCACUUCGAGGGCAAAUUGCAAUGAAUUUGUCCUAUAUCGCAACUAGGUCCUUGAAGUUCCAUUACUGACCUGGAUGAUCAACUUACUUGGGUAUGCAGUCUGUAUUCUGGAUGACACUGAUUGACAACGGCAAGCCAGUCAAAAAUGAUCACUCCAGUUUUUCUGCCUUUGUCGGCAAAACUUAAUGAAUCCGAAUAUCCAUAGAUGUUUUGGCAGAUGUUGAAAAAUUCAUCUUGAACCAGCUGUGAAAAAUUCGGCGACUCGGUGGGAUUCGAACCGGUGGGAUUCCCACCGUGGCGCCAAGUUACUGUUGUUAUAACCAACACUGCUGUUGCAAAUACAAUUGAUAAUGCAACUGGCACCACUACUACGGCCAUUAGUACUACCAUUCUGUUACUAAUAACUUUACUACUUCUAUUACUGUUAAUAAUUGUAUUACUACGACGGCUAUCCAUUCUACUCUAACAUCAUUAAUAUUACAAUUACUACUACUACUACUACUACUACUACUACUACUACCACUACUGCUGCAACUAAUACCAGUUUAGGUUCGGGCCAGAAUCCCGCGCUGGGGUGCCCUUGGCCUACUAAGUCCGGCCACCUCCCUCCAGCCGCUGAUAAUUUAUCUUCAUUUCGUUUCAGCAGACACCUGUGUACCAGUGUGGGGAACGGAAUGGACGGCCACAGGAGUAGCCUGUAUAGUCAGUCCACUUCACCACCUUAAAUAACGACGAAACGUUCGACAUUUAAUGGUCUACUAAUUAAUUUCUAUUAAAGACGGACUGAUGCGCUUCGCUAAGUCUAUCAAUUUGCCCAUUAAUCUCAGCGACGUUUUGCACGUCAUUUAACCUGGCUGUGAGCUAUGAACUGUGAAUUUCGACGCUAAACGUCUGUUUGGUCCCCUUAAACUCCGCAUCACUCAAUCACUCUCCGGAAACUUACAGACUAUCUGCAGGGUUUUCUAAUCCCUUUCUGUGCCUUACUAUAGGCCGGAGGAGGGGAAAUUCCGAAGCUGAAGGUGAAGACGCUACGUCGACUGGCCUAACCUUUGCCUCUAGAAACUAACUGCACAUAUCCUUUCGUCAAAAUGUCAAAAUCCCGCCCCAGAGGUGUUGUCUUCGCAGGUCGAAGGGGUUGAGCCUUGCUAUGGAGGGAAGCGGGUAGGGGGGAGGGGGGGUCGGAGAGAAAGAAACACAAAAGUGUGCGUGGUUUAUGCGUGCUAGCCGUGUGGUGAUGACAGCGAGGAAGCAAAGCCGGAUACACCUGCCUGUGUCAUUUUCACCACAAUCGACCCGAUUUUACCGGGCUACACUUCCACUAUGACCGCGAUCAUUGUGAGGACGGAGGAGUUUUUUCUUGCAUGCUCCGAAUGGCUCUCGACCAAAACCCAACCGAGAUAUGGGGCCGGGUCAUAGUGCGCCCGGUGGUCAGAGUAAUUUCCCCUUUCCCACUUGUGGCCUCAUCACGCACAUACCGUGACAUCGCCAUAGAAUAUCCAUAGCAGAAUGGUUGUCCAUCAGUUCCUCCGUACUUUCCAUACUCGUCAAGCACUAACUUGCCAUGAGAAGUGACGGUUCGACCGUCGAUUCCGAAGAUGUGCAUCGUGUGCUACACAGCAAGGUGAAACAGGCCCAGUGACUUGCGUGUGAAUUAAUUUAUAGUGAUUGCAGACUUACGCAGCAUCUACCGCACUCCCUCAUCCCCACUCCCCACCCGGACCCGAUGUCAAGACAGAUACAAGAAGACCGGAGGCGGGGGAGGGCGCAGGUGGCUGGCACGGCCGGACACGCACCAGGCGUGCCGCUCCACACUUCCUGGUCCAAAAAAUACGCUUGACUAAGAUUUUUCACCAGCGACAACAGCAGCAACACCCGAACAUGGGCGAGAAGGAUGAGGAUGAUGUCUGGGCAGCCAUGCCCACCAUCUGUAAACCCAGCGGGAGCGCAAGCGCAUCUACUGGCGGGGAACCAGGUGUCGGUGAACUGCCAGCGCAUACCAGGCUGCGAUGUCCAUGGUUUGCUGAUAUGGGCAUAGCACAAGCUUUCAGAUCGUUUGACCACCACGAGAAGCACUCAUUGCAGGAUGUAUAUAUAUCGGAGUUUUGAGGUAACUUAGUCAUAGCGAUACCCGCGUAGUCCUAAUUGCCAAAUGUUAAGCAGACUUCAGUAACGGGCAUUAUCUGCCCUUUCCUGUGGUUCAGGGUUGCGUAGCCAUACCGGAUUUCCGUUUUCUCGUCCUAGCCAUUAUUAGGCGGCUGUUUUUAGUGGACAGGAAACUGUUGUUGAUUUUUGGCAAGUUCAGUCAUAGUUUGCAGACCAUAAACCUCCAAGUGUCCCAUAAUCCUGAUAAGACGCGACUUCCCAGACAACGAUUACGUAGUGCGGAGGCAGAAAUUGCAGUUGUGCAUUUUCAGCCGCCACUCGGGCGCGCCAAUAUUAAGUUCCAGGAUUGUGCCCGACGGCGGAGAUGAGGCAUUAUUGGAUAUCGCGCAAAAUUAUUUAUGUGGCGAUGGUUUGUGACAGACUGCUGCGCGGGCAUGCCUCAGGGCAAUACUGGUGUUGUAUCAGACCAGAAAGCCUACUUACAGUAGGAUCUCUAGGGAAAUCUUUGCCAUUCUUUACUCCGCAGCAGGACCAACAGGUAUGUCGCAUCCUCCAGUAACCGCGGAGGUUGAUCUGCUGUAGCAUCAAAGCAUCCGGCAAAUGAUCUUAAGGCCACGACCAAAGUGUGGGGACUGAGGAGGUAUGGCAUUUUACUCAAACAUGUUGCCGACUUUGAGGCUUGAAGUACUAGAUCACAAAAUGCUUACGGCGAUGCUGGAAGGACGUUUUGGCGAGAAAAUGAAGUACACUGGGCAAAAGUCAGUAGCCGUAUUACAAGUCGAGCUCAAAACGGGUGGUUGGAGCAGCGUCGGCUUCCUUCACUAUGCAUAUAUAUGGAAGAAAGUAAAGCGAUUUCUGGGGAGGAUGAUUUAUUCAUCUGACGUUUCACACUCAUACUUGAGCAGAAAGGGGGUUUCUCCGUCAAAAUAGCCCCCGACGAAAUAAUGGUGUCCUUCGACGUCGUCUCUCUUUUCACUUGGAUUAAGGUCGCGCAUGCAUGAGCAUUCGCUAGCUGUAAAGCGAAAAGAGGUGCAAUCACAUGUUGCUAUGCAUAGCCUCGAAAAUAACCAUCAAUUCAGCUUCGACAAGGUAGAAGUAAUCGGUCGAGCUGAAAGCAAAAUGGCGAGCGAGAUAAUCGAAGCCUGGCAAUCAAACGCCAACUCGAUCAACCGUAGGAUCGACCUACCGGCGCCAAACGAGGCCGUCAGACACCACUUGGGCAGGAAAGGAGGGCCAAUGGGGAGAGAGAACAAUGGACCUAUCAGUAGUGAGUAAGAAAGACUUAUUUAAACCUUGUAUUCCCACUUUUAAUCUAUCUCCGAUGAUGCGCUCAAGUAUGAGUGUGAAACGUCAGAGGAAUAAAUCAUCCUCUCCAGAGAUCUCUUUACCCACUUUUAUUUCCACACCUGGGGUCGGCAUUUUCGUCUAUAUCCAUACAUAUACUCAAGAGACAACUUUUCUUAGGUGAAUUUUCGGUAUCGAUUGCAUUUAAACGUAGCUGAAUUCAUGCACGACGGCGCGCAGGCUGUUGAGGACGUUUAAAUGCACUUGUGUUAAUCACACGAGGCUAGACAGAUCUGGAUUCAAAUAGUCUGCUAUGAAGUCUACAGUUUAUGGUUUAAAUUCCAAUUUUUUGGCCAUCCUGAGAUACGAUAUUUAAGAGUGCAAACUAAGUUCGCGCUGUCGGGAUUUGAAUGAUUUGCGCAUAGGUUGAAUCACGAAUUUCUGUUGCUACAACAGAAAAGCCCUGACUUAGAAUUCCACAUCAACAUCUGACUAAAUAAAAGCUUGGAGGACCCUUAGCAAAGUGAAAUUUGCGUUCUUACGAGGCCGCCGCGUACCUAUCUUUUACUCGAUUCACACAGUCGCGAUAUUUAGUUUGAACUGUUAAGUCUGGUCGGGAAAGCUGCAUCAAGGUGAGUAGUGUGUACUAAUUACAGAAAAGAAACAUCGUCUCAGCGAAUGGAAGACAGAUGCCACACCACCUCUUAAAUUGACUGAGAAAAAAUUAUCUGAAGAAAGUGCGGGUGAGUAGAGACGUACAUAUUGCGUAUGGUGAUGCUCCCUCCCGGGAAGUCGACAAAACUUCUCGCAUUGGUAAAGGCAUUUCUAAAAAUACUUCUGCCCUGUUAGCUAUGCCAACUCUGAGGCAUAUAGGGGGCGACCUAAAGUGCCAUUUCGGCAAUUCUCUCCAUUGCUAAGCCGUCAUACGUGAAACCUGAAUCGAGAAUGUAUGAAAUCUGGAUGGUGGUAGAGUUGGUUGAGGGUGAAAAGGUCAGUCAGUGAACCAUCCUCCCACACUACUUCUUGCUCUUCAGCACAUUCAAAACCACGUGGAAAUGGCAUUCGCCGAACUCGCAUUAAAAAUUGUGCGCAUUCUCAACUAGUCUCUCGAAUGCGCAUAUGCGUUGGAGAAAAAAGAAAACUAUCUAUUAUUCUGUUGGUUAGAACUAUGCGGUGGCAGAUCCGGUUGCCGGCAGAUGUCGCACACACUGGGACUCCUGCCGAUCCCCUCUCCAUUGUUCUUGCCGGUUAAGAAACCUUGUCAUUUGUUGUGUGGACAAGGGGGUGUGGUGGCACGCCUAGGUGCGGUCCCGGCCGCGCCAGCCACCUGCGCCCUCCCACACCUCCGGUCCUAUUGACUCUGUCUUGACACCAGGUCCAGGUGGGGGAUGGGGAAGAGGGAGUGCGGUAGACGUUGAGCAAGUCUGCUACCACAUUAAACUACCUCACGCGCAAACCACCGUCCCUGCUCCACACUACUGUGGAGCAGAAGGUGGACAUUGUCGGAAAAGACGGCCGAACCAUCGUGGUUAAAACUAACUGUGGGAAAGAACUUUCGUCCCUGUGGGACGUCCCUGGUCGUACGCUCUUUCAGCCAGAACCGAUCAGAGUGUGGCUUCCUCCGAGACAAAGAGACUGCAGACAAAAUUCCAAGCCAAAGUCAUGGCCGAAUCUUUUGCCAAAAAGUAGUGGUACAAUUCCAUGGGAAUAUUUUUCAACCAGAGAUCGAAAAAAGUAUUCUGUAAUUCCCCCCCCCCCACUUAGCAAGUGAAAAUCACUGUUUUUUGUGCUACGCUGUUUACCUUAAGCUAAUAGACAUCACAAUCCCAGUUUUUUGCAGCCUAUCCUACUUAUUUAGAGCUGGUCAAACGUCGGGGCCCAAGGCCGGGACCGGCUGCCCAAAGAGAUCGCAUUUUAUUCCUCAUGAUCUGAACUGAUGUAGUCGCCCCGAUUGCUGAUGAUGACAAUAGAAAAUUUAAUACAAGCUUUUGGAGGUCGAAACAUAGAGCAUUCCUGGUGUUGGUAUUAUGCGAGACCUCGACGGUAUCCUGGGGAAAAAACGCGCCUAGCAAAUCAGUCGGAAUUAGAAGCGUAUUUUGGCAAUAUGAUGUCGUUUGAGUACCAGCAUAUUAUCAUUUACGUAUUGAAUAUUCUGAAAUAUUGUAUAACUAUUUUGCAUAUAUUCCUUUUCUAACGAAGCCAUAAAUAACGUAGACUAUAAUUGUGAAAAACAAGAUAUUUAUUCACCUGACGUUUUGGAUUCCUGCUCGAACGUGUCAUCAGAGACGAUAGCAGAUGAUGAUGGUUCCGAGCAGGAAUCAGGGACAUCAGGUGAAUAAAACUCUUGUCCCAGCGACCGUGUUUCCUUCUUCACGACUGCAUCCUGAGAUUCGUCUCCUCGAUCCCGUAUAAACUACCAUCGUUUAACUUGAAAUCAAUCCUAAUCUGGAUCGCUGAACACCAAAGUAAAAAUGAUGUUUUUUUCAAUUUUACAGUAGCUAUUACUUCGAGCAACCGGUUUGAGCCGAUAACAAUAAUUGAGUCCACAAUGCGUGCGUUUCGAACAUGAAACGCCUUUCGUCUCUCUAAUAUAACGCUUUUCGUACAACUUGAUUACUCAGAUUGGCAAAGUUGAGAUAUCCGGAUUGAUUAAUUGAAGAAGAAGACAGGCUCUCCGGAAGAGUUUUAUUUAAGUGCUGACGUUUCAAAGAGCUGGGUCGGCUCUUCAUUGUCAAAGCGUAAAAUGCACUUAAUCGAUCAGAAAUUUAAUUUAAAGUGGCAGUCGUGUUGGCCGGCCUCAUGCUGAUCAAUUUUCUUCUCCUCUCGCUGCCUCGGCCUCUCGGGAGAUGGUUGACGGGCGUUUUGCCUGUGUGCUUUGUGAGUCACCACUCCGUCGAGGGGAACUGACUGGACUUUAGUCGGGCGAUUGGUCUGGCGGUUCUUCUUCUUCCUCACCGAGUAGACUCAGCGUCGGCCUAUCUCCGUGCGGCCUUCUUAAGUCCGGUGUGGUUGUUUGGUCCUGAGCUUGUGAUGAUGUAGGACUUUGUAAGCUGCAGGAAGGUCCAGAUGCCUGUUGAUAGAGUGGACAUCGGAGAACCACGCCUCGAUAUUCCGUAAAGUAUCGUUACACCUCAACUCCGAGGACCGUAAAGUCUUGCGUGAGACCUGUAUUUUCGACAUAUUUGUACUUUUUCAGGUAUAUUUUUAGGAAUCGCGUAUCCCAGGGUACAGAAUAGUUUGGUAUUCUCUUCUUCCCAGUGCAGAACUGUUUUGCCGUUUUGCUGCGUUUCUCUGGAAGAGUUGUGCAGUCGAUAAAAUGGUAGAGGGGGCGCUCACCGAUCGUUUAUUACGGAACUCUCUCGUCCCGUUGUGCCUUAGGGCUCUCUCUCUCUCGAGCCCAACCAGCAGCCGCAAAGCGGUGCGUAAUAUUGGCAGAAUGCCAUUACCGACAAAGACAUGGGACACCGGAGUGGCCAUAAGUUAAGAAGAAUAGUCGAGCACCCGAACAUUUUUUUUAUUGUCCUGAGCUUUCGGACUCGUGCAAAAGUCCAUCGUCAGAGGUAGUAGCAGCAAUAGAACAAGCGACAGUUAUACGGCAUGUAGGCCAAUCAUCGACCAACGGCGCAAAAUUGGUGGUGACUACGCAGGUCUCUGUAUGCCGGCGCCAGAUCGAUAAAUCGAUUGACCGAGUUCUCAUCAGAGGCCCAGGCUUCAAUCAUCUCUCGGCCUGUUUUGUUUCGGGCGUGGGCGACGAUUUUGAUGGCCAUUUCUGACUUAUUAGCCGUCGUCAGCCAGUCAUACCCAACCCCGAGGUGUGAAAGACCUGGUGAUCGAGUCCCAAUGUCAAGGGCAAGUCAAGAAGACUGGAGACGGAAGAGGACGCAGGUAGUGAACACGGAUAAAAAACCGCACCUAGGCGUACCACCACGCCACCUGGUUCACAACGUGCACUGACUAGGAUUUUACAUAACAGAAGAAGAGGUCCGCGGCACGGAUCCCAAUUGUCACGGCGUGCGCUCGCAUCUAGGCCUACUGCCACAGGCCCCGAAUGUUGACAUUUGUUACGGGUGCGCUUUCCCCAACAACGCUUGCCGAACCCCUGUAUUGGUCCAGCGUAUCUCCCGCGUGGCCCAUUUUAGGGACACACACACACACGCACGUACUAUGACUUUGGUAUCGAGGCGGGGUAAAGUGAAUUGGAGGUGUCUAACUACGCAAACUGUGCGCAGUUAAAAUGAAGUCUGCCGUCAAGUGGACUUGCAUCAAGCGGGUUGGUUUGGCUACAACUGCCUGGCGUGUGGGGUGGUAAGGCCCAUUUAAAAGUACGAAGUUAAAAUCAUAUGGUGUCGCGGAAUCGGAUCGUUCUAACUACCACUCAGUGUCACUAUGUGUAAAUGAUUCGGCUGUGGUCUGACCGGAACUCCGGGCAAGCGCCUAGGCUAUUUCACAUCGUGAAGUUUAUUUCCAGGUAUUUUGGGCUACCGGUCGUUUCUGUGAUAUGACCUGCCAUUUAGCUAUGGGCAAUAUUCCAAGUCGCUUUUUUUACCCAGUGCUUAGUUCGGAGGAUGCACAGUCGAAAACCAGCAUACAAUUUUAUAUGGCUAACUUUGAGAAUACAUGCCGUAACUUCUAAGCUGAUUUAAACCCUUUGUUGAACAGAACGUCAAAUUAAAUAUAGCGAUAGGUUAUUUUUGGAUUGGGCCUUGGUGGAUUUGAUCGGUUAGAUAGGAGGAGACCUUUAUUUUGAGACGGUCGUUUGACAAAUUUCAGCAAAAAGUUCCCAGUCAUCUUACUGGAAGAAAUAAAUAUUACCAUAACACGAUAUGACUAUCGCGGUAACAAACCCAGGUAACGAUAGGGCGUAAGACUCCAAAAUAGAUGGCAACUCCAAAAAUAUAUCCUAAGAUUUAGUGCGACUGUAAAUAUCGGUCAUUAUUCACCGUUCCCAUUGUUUGGAAUUUCCUUCCCUUCCUGACUAAAUAUAAACUUACCAGCGGCGCUUUAUUUAAGUCAGUCAUUCUUUUGAAAAUUGCCUUUUGCUUACUCUUUACUUAUCGUGCUCAAUUUCUUUGCAAAAUGACAGCGUACGAUAAGACUCUCCGGAAAAUUUUAUCUACUUUUUGCGUUUUCUUGUUCCCGUCCUGUGUGUUGCCCCAUCCUUAAAACCCCCACUACAACCAUUCAACGUAUGACACGGUUGACAGCCUAGCUCUAAUUAGUUGUGGGUCGUGCUACCUAUUGUUGCCCAACCCCAUUCCCAAUUCUCGGAUUUCGUUCUCACUGCCUGUCAGAAGUCGUGCGAACGAUGAUAUGGAUGAUCGUUGUCAUGCUGAUGUACGACGGGAGGUGUGCCGAAAGAAGCGCUUAUUUGGUCAAAAUGACUUUGCAGCGCUUGAGUUUGAGUGAAGGGGUGGAUAUUAUCAUUGGGAACUCGAUUAGCUACUUGCUUCACUAUUGUUAACUGCCAUCUUACUAAAGAUAUACCUAGAAAGAUAUAAUAAAUAUUGACAGCAGAAGAUUGUAUGCGUAGGACACGUCUUGUAAUGUGAAUGUCCUUCCUCGGUAAGACUGAAAAAGAAUGACAGGAGAACAGAGGAGGGAUACAGGCAUCUUUAAAUCGCCAGACGAAAGACCGAGGUGCAUAAUAAGAACGCAAGCGUUGAAUGUAAUAAAUAAGUUUGGGAUUAGUCAUGAAAGGAGAAUAAGCGAUUGGAUGAGGGAGUAAAAAUGAAGUAAUGAAAAUAAGAAACCUAAUUGGAAAGGAAUUUAGGAAUGAGAGAUGGUCGCAAUCAGAAGUCGCAUAAAACUGUUUUUCGACUACUGAGUAGAAACCCGUUUCUCGGUCACCAUAGUGAGACGUGUACGAAACGCUUUCUAAAAACUUGGACAUUAAACUAAUUUUUGACGAUACAACCAACAACCAUAUCGCCAUUUGCUCUACGAUCUCAGAUCAUCGGUGUGAAGCGAAAAGGUGCAGGGGAUGACAUGGAACCCUUAGGCCCUCUGUGAAGAAGUCUGGAUUUCAGAUUGCCAGACUAAGUUCAGAAGAGAUAAUAGUCUGCGAACCAGAUGACGGUCCAGCUAGAGGAGCUGUAUUCGGAUAUUUUCACGUGGAACAGGUAAGUAGAAUAUCAAUGAAGACAGAUGAGUGUUCAGUAGAUACACGUGCGUUUUCCGGACAAUCAUUGCACAGCGAUGGCCGUCUUAGGGUGGAACAUGCUCACUUUUUAGAAUCCGAACCAUUGCUCCAUGCCAUUUAGGUCAGGAGAUGCAAUAUCGCUGGUUAACGAUUUAUAGCAUAAUAGCAACUACUGUUCUCCUCGCCCAUGUCUUUUUUGGUAUUCCAUGCGUCCUCCCCCCUCCGUAUUAUGAGCUAGAUUGCAACCCCAGUAACAAGAGAGCGAGGAUGAUGCAAUCAGAUCACUGAAUCGCCAGCUGCAGGAUAAUUAAUGCCGCAAAAAUCAACUGAUAGAGCACCAAGUCUGAGGUUCGGUAGUAGGGUUGACGUUAGGCUAUGGAGACGGGCUAUUUUUCUCCUUCCUUGUCUUUGUGGUUAUUCGCCACACACACUAAUGGUCACUUCUCAUUUGUUUCUCCUCACGCUUAUCGGUGCGACGGAGGUGCAAUUAAGGGGCUUCAGAUGCAAGGUCAAACUCGCUUGCCUUUUUUCUGGAGGAUAUCGUCUGAUUUAUUUAAAAGGUGAUAGGCUCCUGAUCCGCAACUAUCCUCCGUCCUUUGUUUUCUCCAUCCAGAACGUGAGUUGUGCGAUCUCUACGGCUUUUGGUGCAGCCCCGCGGCCGCCGAAGGUGACCAAUCAGAGGAAGAGGACGAGACAAGUGGCAUCUGUAUUCGCUCCUCCAUGCUCUGUGACGGCUUCCCCGACUGUUGGCUAGACGACCCCGAGCAUUCACCGGACGAAGUGGGCUGCAAGGCUCCUCUGCUACCAGAACCGGACUCCUCUACCUUCACAAACAUGGAGAACAGCUCCCUCCUCCCAGAAUGUGAGUUAGUGUUUACGUGCUUUCUGCUCUCUUCUGUCUGAAUACUACUCGUCUACUCUUGAUUGUCCUUGUCUCAUCCCUGACAAGUCUUCGAGUAAACAAGAUUACCGUAAUUGGGUUGCGGUGUUAAGUUGUGCCUACGGAAAGAAACUUCUCCGAUCUAUCCUAGUUUUGAAACGUGGGACUGACUCCCGCUUUACCCUGCAGCCUCCGUCUAACAAGUAGCACACGUUUUGCGUCCUGCACUCGGGUCAGGGCAAUUCUUCCUAGUAUUUUGCGCGCUCGCGAUCGAAGAGAACAGGAGUUAGGUCUAUGACGUGUCGGAGGAGAAAUAAACUUCAAAGUUUGGUGACUAUCUUGCCACUCUCAUGUCUUUUUGAAAUGACUCUCAACUGUCAGUUAGUUGGAAAUACACUCUCUUUAAGCGGGACAUCAUUCCUUACAACUGGGGAUAUUGAAAUUCAGGAUGAUUUAAUUAUACGCAAUAGGUCAGCGGUCGCGGUCGCCGAAGUCAAAUACUGUAUCGCGAGGUUAGCACAGUCGGGAUUUCUGCGUGCAUCUGUUUUUAAUAAGGCAUGUUCGCAUCGCAUCUACCUUGUUCUCUCUUUCUACGCUCACUACAUUUCAAUGACAAGACAAGAUCAAGACGACCGGAAGAGGGCGUGGGUGCAGUUGUCGAGAAAGUGUAACAUUGCGUCUACGCGGGCCACGCACGUUCCAGGGCUCAUUGAGGGGUCGUCAAGGCUCGUAUAAGUGAGUGCUGCACCAGGGCACAUUAACAAAAGGCUGCUUUAGUCUGAUCAUCGUUACCAGCUCCCUGCAGCCUUCAUAACGGUAGGUUGAAGAGCGCUCAUCUGCUGUGAGAGAGUGCACCUCCUCGCUGCCUCACCUUCUUCUCACGGGAAGGACUUAUUCCGUCAGGCUUCAGCUCUCCGCCCUAUGAGCAGUGAGCGGGGCUGCUCGGCGUCUGAUGCUGCCUGAUGGUGUGCACAGUGACGCGUACGGUUUUAAAUAUUCACGCGUUCCUUGGACCGUAAGCGAACGUACCGCCUGUCCUUGUUGUAGUCAAGUAUUGUGUGUGUGUGUCUGUUCUUGGCUAUACGUACGUAGCGACCCGCCUAGAAUUAGGGGAGUAUCCCAAUCCAGCAUGUCUACCGUGUGGGUCCUAAACUAGUAUGAAUUGCCAAACUUUGAUCAGCAAAAGCAUAGUGCAAUUACUUCUGCUGCUCGUUUUUAGAUUAUCUGUCUUCCUAUCAAGUGAAUUAGACCUUAAGCCAAUUUGUUGUGGAGAAAAUAACAAUGUAUAUAUGAGUUUAGAAAAACUAGAAAAAAGUAGACGUAUGGGCCAUCAAUUACCGACUCACUUUCGAGCGUCCCCAUCGUUGGUAACUGAGAGAACUCUCGUCAGGCAACCAGAAAGCUCAUGUAUAAGAAUUUGCUGAGUUUAUGGCACGCAUCUCAGAAUUGCAGCCUAAUAUGUCGGUCUCUGUCUUAUUUGAGAUUAUCAUCAGAGCGUUCAGUCUGGAUUUCCAUACUUUCACUCAUGAGCAACACAGAACCGACAAGUUUUCCGCCUGCCAGAACGGAUAUUAAAGAAAGUAAAUGCCAGUCAACUACUCUUGCAGCCUUCGAAACCCCCAUCGGUCUUAAAGACAGCCUUCUGAUCUGCAUCCGGUAUUGCGUGUUCAGCAUCCGUCACAGGCUGGUUUCCACGCUUUCUGCCCUCCAUUAACUUCGCAGCUUCAUUUCUCCAAGAAAAUCUUAGUCCUUUUCUCCAAAAUACUUUUUUGUCCUGCUCCAAAAAGGAACAGACGGACAACCAAUUCACUAUCAGGUGCGGCCCAACAUGUCGCUAAGGGAGACAUUGAUGAUAUUUCGCGGUUGGGUGUCCUGAGUAUUUUAGUCUAAGUGCUGUCCUAUUUUCAACUGGUGAUGCAAAAUAAUCUCAUUCCCGACACAAGUGUCUGCCGAUCAUCGUCUCCGGUUUUCCGGUUCCCCACCUCUGCCAUUACCGCUUCAGAUAGUCUGGGGUCCAUUUUCCAUUCGGAACUCAGUCGCCUGAUUUCAGACGCCCAACAGGCGUUUCGACGGCGGGUCUCACAGCCACCUGGGCGAGUGAUUGGAAUCCCCCCAUCUCCUCCCGGUUCCUCCAGUUCAGUGUAGGAAUUGUUUCCGUUUUUCGCAGUAACGUCUCUGGGAUGCGAAUAUGGUCAUAUGCGGUUAUGCAGCCGCAACUGAUGUAAAGAAACUCCAGCCACCAGUAAUACGGGAGCGGUGGCAAUAGGGGUUUUUACAGGUGGGGCCGGGGAACGCACAAACGACGAGGUCAAAUAAUUAUGUGCAAAAGAAAUGCUACUGGAAAUGCGCGGUUGUACUCUGAGUGGUUGAGAAAUAGUUGCCCCAACCUCUAACUCUAACCAUAACCUUCAACCCUAAAACACCCAACGCGACAGUUAGAAGGAGACGACAGGCCGAAAGUCAAGAAGAACCACUGGCAUUGGACCAACAAGGUAGACACUAAAACAAAGAAACAAUGCCGGCAACAGAACACACACCACAACGCACAGCAACACCAUGCCAGCGUAAGCACACCAACUCAAAAUAAUUAAGUAGGAAAACAGCAUUGUGUCCAUCAGGUGCGGCUACGUAAUCACAUCUUACUGCGAAACUUACAUUGGUCAGGGAAUUCUUUAGGAAUAUCCGUAGACCCAAUAUUUUCACUGAAACUACUUGUCAUAGGGAAUACGCUACUUCCAGUCUCUUCACAAUUUGAUCUUGAGUGGUUAAUUCUUGCUUAUGAUGUUUACAGCUAGAGCAAGUUCCGCACUGGAACAGUACGUCUUUGGGAGUUUUACGGGUACAACAGAUAAUGACGAUCGUCAGAUGUACAGUGUGUGACCGAUCUAAUGAAAUUUUAGCGAAGCUCUGAAACGCGUUUCGAUUAGGAAAGACUACUUAAGUGGGAUUGUUAUAAUGAUUAUCAUGCAGCAUAACGCCAUAACAUUUCGGACUUGCCAGGAUGUCGGCUUUUGAAUGCACUUCUCUUUGACCUCCUGAAGAGAUCACACUCGGUAAAAAAUGACUACUUAAGUGGCAUGCAUUUUUCUUAUUGAUUUUCGAUUGUCUUAUAAAUUCAAAUACGUUUUUAGAAAACAUGCACAAAAUAUGCUUCCUUUUACUACUUUGAUAGAAACUCACAUUGUCUUCAUAUUUUAUGCCCGAACAAAGUGUGUAUUUAGGUUUUAAAAAAGUCUUUAAUUAUGAGAUUUUUAAGACCGUGCGAUGUCCAUGCAUACAGGACCGCACAUGUCCGUUUAUUAAUGCUCCUCAUGAAAUGUGCAAAAUGGUCCACAUACAUUGUUAAAUUUUAUGGACUCUGUAUAAUAUCUUUUUAAAGGCAUAUAAGAAUGUGUGAUUUUCCUUACGCGGAAAGCAUGCACCUUGUAGACUGAAAUCGCUAAACGCUAACACAAUGACAGAUCAGGCUCAAAAUUAUUCGGUAACUGGGAAACUUUUUAAAACCUAAAUAUACACGUUCUUCGGGCAUAAAAUAUGAAGAUAGUAUGCGUUUCUACCAAAAGAGUAAAAGAAGGCAUAUCUUGUGCAUGGUUUCUAUAAAAUGUAUUUGAAUUUAUAAGACCAUCGAAAAUCAAUAGGAAAAACGCAAGCCACUUAAGUUGUCAUUUUUUACCGAGUGUGGUUUCUGCAAGUGGUCAAAAAGAAGUACAUUCAAAAGCCGACAUCCUGGCGAGUCGGAAAUGUUUUAGGGUUAUGCUGCAUGAUAAUCAGUAUAACAACCCCCCUUAAGUAGUCCUUCCUAAUCGGAAACGCGUUUCAGAGCUUCGCUAAAAUUUCAUGAGAUCGGUCACACACUGUAUGGUCGUCAUUGUUGCCUGGUCGGGUCGGGUCCUUUCUGCCUAAUUGGCCUGCCGCAAAUCGAGCCAGAGAGUAUGCGCUCUGCUGCCUAUCGAUCGUCUGAAAAAUCGAUCGAGCCAUUACCCGUUGAACAGGACUGGCACCAGGUGGUCACAUGAGCGGAACUCAAGGGUGGGAAGUCUUUACCGACCUUUCUAGCAGACUAGUUUGUGGUUGUGAAGCGCAGCCGAUUGGAAUGUGAAACCUUGGUAGACCGCGGGCAGCCCUCCACCCAUGCAGUAAUACCGCUAGUGCUUAUGAUUUGUUUGUGAAUGAAUUCCCAGUCGUACGCGCGGGUAGGUGCCCCCUUCUUCCCGUAUGACAGGUGGUUUUACACUAAUUUCCACGGGGAUACCUAUUCCCGAGUCCUAAUCCUAGUCUCCCUGGAAUUUAACGAGAGGUUACCUUUGCUGCGAAGAAUACCUAUUCCCAUGUCUCACCGACUUCUUUGCAGCGAGUGAAGGUUUUAUCGUUAUGCCGUUCGCGACUGCUUAUUCUUCAUACCGCAAUGCCUACCUCUUCUGCUGCAACCUUCCGCCGAAGAUCUUUUUGCCAUCUGAGGCCUGUGGACUAACCGGUUAACUUACGACUAGGUUAAUAGGUACCCUCUUCCGAUUGAAAAAGCUUGCCUUACAAUCUCGUCACAUAAAAAUUCUAUCGUUUCCGUGCUAAUGAAUAAUCGAAAGCGUACGUUUGCCGGGCUUGUCUUUUUAGAUUUUUAUAUUAAGUCUAACAGCCUCCUGCUUGACUUAUAUGAAAUUUACUCUUAAUGUCCUAAUUCGAGAAAUUCUGAGAGGGAAAACGACUUAAUUUCCAGCAGUCUAGUCUACUCGGGCUGCCAGUUACUUGGCCCUCGUUGUCUUCAAGUCGCCUGGUUUGUGUUUUUCUUGCCAGUAAUCAGAGAAGACGGCAUAUUUCAAUCCUCCGUUGGCAAAUAAUCUUUGAUUUGUCGUCAUGGUUUCUGGAUUACUGACUUAAGGCCAUGUCCCAAACUGUCAGUUUUCAUAACCUGACCUGAACCAGUGCUUGUCUUUCAACCCGCUAGACUACAGCUGCCUUGUUCGGCCCUCCACGCCCAUGCUCGAGGCAGAACACUUACGAUAAUUAACGUCUUGCAUAACAAUUAUCUCAUUUUGACAAUAGGGUUGAGGGGACUUGCGAACUCGAAGGCAGUGCUGCCAUACAUUAUAGGAAAGUAAUGCAACCAAUCCCCUUACUUCCACCCAAGAUGGCGCGUUUGCUUUCUUUCUGUUCUCACGCAGGAAAGCACACAUUUCGGGCUAGUUGACCCAGAGCGCGUCUUCCGGUUGUCCAAAAUCUCAGCCAAGUCCUGCCUAGACUGGUCAUUGUUUUAUGGGGUUACUUAGUGGAGAAGGUAUUUUUCGGCCUUCAGGGUGAACAUAUCCAUCCACCCUCCGGCAAACCCCCUUAAGGUCCCAAGUUUGCAAUAAUAUAUAUAUAUGAGCCUCUAUUAGCAAUAUAUAUAUAUAUAUAUAUAUAUAUAGCGAAAGUUGCCAGUCUCCGUGAAACGGUCGCUUGUGACACUGUUCCCUACCACAUGAUCCGGUCUGUAAGAUGUGUUUCCUCGUUUUGUCAGCCACCGUUUACACUUGAAGACAGUCGCUGUGUUUUAUUUUGGAAGUAUCAUUCCAAAAUUUUCAGCCGAGAAAGGGCUUUUAUUUACUGUGGAUAACAGUCGGUGCACACAGCAGAUAACAUCAGAUCACAAGCGAUACUUAAUGGCCGAAAACUGCAACUGUCGACAUAAUGAAGAAUUAUCGGUAAACAAGUUGCGAAAUCGGCGUCAGAUUUUAAUUCCUCCAAAGCGAUGCUAGCGUAGUGUGCAGAUGAUCUCAUUAUUGUAGUUCAGAUAAACAAAGAGGGGAAGCAUCAGUGAGUAAUGAGCAAAAUUGGCCAACAGAUGUACACCUAAAAAAAUUCUCAUGUGAAUUGAGAGUAGAAAAAAACGGCGGCUCAGUUCCAAAAGCCCGUCCUGAAAUCCAUUGUUCCUCAAAACCACCUACCUUCAUCCAAUAGAGUUAUCCAGGAGUGGAGACUAGUUUGUCUACUUCCAAGCCAGACAGCACUCGGCAGACCUCUUCGGGCCUAUCAACAGACUGCUGUUUAUCAAGGUAGCACUCUUCGCCAAAACUUUAUUUUUGGCGUUUCCUACAUCUCAUUUGAUGUGGCACAGCCUUCGUCGCCGCCAACCGAUGUUUAUAAGAAGUGAUCAACCCGACGCUCUACAACUUCGUUUUGUUUAGGCCUGUGUAGUUCUUGAGGUCUGAAAGUUGUCUUUUCGACUCACGCCUUUGAUAGUUAUAGCCCACUGACGAAAUUCUGACAUUAGGAGUCGGUCUACGAUUAUCGCCGUCUUAUGUAAACAGGCGAAUUAACGUAACCGCUUUCGUGUAUAAAGGUGGGCUAAGUGAAGGGCAGCUAAUGUGUGGAGCAGGUUAUUUCAGUGAUAUACCCUCUUCUCCUUCCUCCUCCUUCUCCUCCCCCUCGGCAUCUUACCAAGUUUCGUAAUUCGUGCUCUGCUCCACGUGCUGGUCUUGACUUUAGGCAUUUUCACUGAUUUUCGUGGUUAAUGUUGCAGACGCUUGUCAUCGAUUAAUCCCAUACGGGUCCGAAAAAAUAUGUGUACUCCCCUUAAUUAAGGCGCAAGGCUACCUUUUAGACGGAAAAGGUGAUAAUAGGGGCCUUUUAGGUGGGGAAAUUUGGUGUUCGUAAAUAAAUAAAAAUUAAGAAAUCGUAUUUGCGCAGCACGCACGUUUUGAUAUACUAAAAGGGCAUUUUGUAAGAAAAUAAUUCAAGCAGGCUCAAAUAUCUGUUCCUUACCCUAAUCCCUCCUAAUCAUGGAGGCAACAUUCAGGCGUCCGUAUUCACGACUCAGUGUAACUACUCCAGAACUCUGGGUGUCUACUUACCUGCCCAAUGUUUAAGUAUUGCCUUACCGUGGAAGUGUCAUUCAACUUUUGAAGAUUAUGUCGGUUGUGUAGAGCAUUUUCCUGGCAACUACAUCAUCAUGGAGGCAAGUGGACUUCGAAUUCAUGCCAGCUGUACGGUGAGAGGGAUUUAGUCUGCUUUUUAUAAAGAGUCAACUGGACUCUAACCGCUCAGCCUCUGAGGGGUCGGCCUUCAGUAAUACCUUUCAAAUAAGAGUCAGAUGGGGUUAUAUAGCCCCCGCCUGGAGUAACCAGACCCCAGCCACCUGUAAUACGCGAUCGGUAUGGUAGGGCUUUUUACGGGCGAGACGGGGGAGCGUACAGGCGAAGAAGUCAAACAAUUGUAUGCAAGAGAACAGCUAUUGGGGAUGCGCGGUUGUGCUUUAGAUGGUUAAGAAAUAGUUGACCUGAUCCCUAACUCGAACCCCUAGCCCCAAUCGCUAACCUUAAGCCCAAGCCCUAGCCCCUAACCUUAACCCCUGCCAUAACCCCUAGCCCUAACCCCUAUCCAUAACCCCUAACCCCUAACCGCAACCCCAACGGUAUUGUGUCCAUCAGGUGGGGCUACAUAACCACAUCUUACCGGGUUUCAUUUACUGAGCUUUAGGAAAACGAUAGGUUUUAAAAUGCAAGGUUGAUUACCAUUAUUUUUAAUUCUCGAUCCCUGGGUAUCACUUUGUUUGCCAGGCCGGCAACAGAUAGUUUGGCAGUUGCCUGGCUAUUUUACUUUGACUUCAACUCUUAUUGGGUCUGGUUAUCCGCUAGGGUUACGGGAAAUAUGGACUUUUUCUAUAAUUCUUUUCCUCGGCGAGCUUGACGUCCUUUCGCAUUGAUCUAUUUUAGCAAAAUUCACAACAAGUCCGCAAACCUCACUGGGAUUUGAUGGUCGAAUUUCUGCUUGAAGAAGGCAAGGCGCACAUGCACGUGGUUACACAUGACAAAUGUAUACGCCGGUUAGGAAUUUGUUUUUUUUUCUCUCGCCUGCUUCUUAUUAGGCUCAUGGGUUUAAAAAUAACCAGUAAUAUCUACGCUUGUGCGGAGCACACAAUCUCGGUGACGGCUCUCCUCAGUAAAGCCCCAACAUGUGUUUUGAUGACCACCUACAAGGCCCCUCAAAUCGCUCUCCUGCACUGCAAUUAAAACUGUCUCAAAAGUAGUCCUCACCGGUCUUGGGUAUCAUGCCUAUCAGGGAGAAGAAAGAGAGGCAGAAAGUCUGCUUCCCAUUUUCGUGCCAGGAACUGCCAAAGCACCGAAAACGCUAGGUGGUUACCUACUUACUGCCUGCUACCCUGUCCGCCUGUCCUCUCGCCGCUUUUCACUGUCCCUUCCCUCACGUCCGAAGGAGUGCUUUUAUUUUUGAAUUGUCAAAACUGUCAACGCAAACAAUGCCCCGCCCCUCCCCCCUCCAUCAUCAACCUGGCAGAAUAGCGACAAUUGGCCCGAAGAAAAGCUGACACGGGGAACAGUUUUGUUCCCUUGAGACGCUUAAGUGCUGUGGUCUCAACUGACAUCUAGCCGGCUCCUCGAUUAGUGUGGGCUGGUUCGCCCAAGCAGCAUCAAUUCGGUACUGCUCUUGCGGAUAUUCCAGUGAACCUGUUGUCUAUGCUCUCUCAGUUCACUUGAGACCCCGCAGGUGUUUUCGGUGUGCGCCACCCUUAAAGUUCAGGGCACAGACGAAUAAAUCGGCAUUUGUGGUAGAACCCGCACUGUUAGGUCUACCUGCUGUUGGAGCACGAAUGUUUUUAAAGUUCCGACACCGAUAGCGGACAGAAAAGACUUGCAAAGGACAGUUAGUCACUCGACGGUAGGCUGAGAGCGCAGCCGAGAAAGCGACACAAAAAAUGUCAGGGGACAUCCAAGUCGACGUCAUCAGCCGACCGGUUAGGUUCAUUGGUCAGUGAGGUCUUUGAGGUUUUUCACAUCUCAUCAAAAUAAACAUUGAAGGAAUAAAGAAUCAGUCUGGAGAAUAGCAUCUUAGUGGAUUGCUUGACCGAGUUCUGGGUAUCAUUCGGACAUAGUUGGCAGUAUCUUGGGAGCUCAAAGCAAGAAGUGAGAGUUAUCGUUGGAUGCAAAAGAACUGUCAUUUGGAGACGAGGAAGAUCAGAAAUUGUACCUGAAAAGCACCCUAGCACAUUUAAGGUUCUCAGACUAUAGCCUUUCGGUCGUCCAAAAUCUUGGCAAAACCUUGACUGAACUAAUCAUUGUUUCGUGCGACGACUUUCAUGGAGGAAUUCUCUCCUGUAGCGUCUUGAAGGUGGAUAUAGUCAUAUUUUCUCCAGUAAGCCACCUUAAGGUCCAAUGUGUGUGCUGGCCAACAGGUUGUUCGUCACAAUGUGAUUACAACCUGUGACCUUUUACUAGCAACCAGUUCUCCCAGAUCAGUGAACGUACACGCCUGAAGGCAUUACCAGCGAACCGUCUGCGACUGCUUUAUCGUCAUACGUCAAAAUCCCAGCAGUUCUCAGGGGGAAGCACUAAAACCCCUUCCACUACCUACUACCCGCAGAAUCCCCCGGUUGCCCGACAGGAUUUCCUUACUUUGUGAGGAAUUUAAAUUGAUGCGGGCACUGCCCCAGUUUUUCUUUCAUUCCCACCACUUGAAACAUUGUCAAGAUUGCACAUUUCGCCUUUCCGAAUACAUUUAGGCGUAUGCAGGUGUUUAAUCUGUGUCCUCCCAUUCCCUGCCCGGUUUACGAGCGUAGGGUUAAUCUGCGAGGAAGCCUAGCAAUUGUGGUCACUGGGCUCCUUGGGGAGGGAGAGGGGGCUGUAGGGUUGUUUUCUCAGUGUAGUUAAACAUUUGCUCUCCAUAGGAACACGCAAAUGCACGCGUUUUUGACAUGCGCCGGUUGGGGACCACGUUUGGUCUCACUUGUCCUUGGCCACUCUGUAAGACGCACAUCUUCUGAAAGUGAUUUGUAGCGCAGCAGCCUACAAAGCGCAUGCCAGUGGCGACUGUAAUUUUCCCCAUUCAUCAGAUUAGUUUCCAGUCGCCUUAGUUGUUUGUUUAGGGGAACUAACUCCAGCUGGCUUGAAGUCGCCAAAUGGAUGCUUUUUCAUUGGCUAUCUGCAAUUUGCAUCAAAUAAAAAACACUCUUCUAGGUAGACAAUGGGAUAUUACAACAUUCGCGCUGCCAUUCUAUUUUUUAAAACUUUAGUUUCCAAAGCAUCUGCCAGCAGUCGGGUGCCUCUCCCCGCUAGUUCAAACGUUCUAGUAUUUUGGGCAGUCGGUGGAAAAUGAACAUCGUUCAACGACAAACAGUUGCUGACUUCAAAGCGGCAUUUAACCUCCGAUCGCCUUAAUUUGGGGGUUUUUGGUAGCCUAUUUUGUCAAAUUGGUCCGAAUUUCUUCUAUUGACCCCACCCACAUUAUACAUGUGGCCUUGCGCUAAUUUCCUGGAAGAAUAAAUAUUCCUGUGCCCUAACCCUAACAGCAACCCUAACCUACAUCCGAUGUUUUGAAAGCCAAGUUCCCUGCCUGGGAUCACACCGUGACUUGUGCAAGUAGAAGUCUGGUGAAAACUAAUGUGGCAGUUGAUUUAGUCGCUGUGUACGCAUCGCGCCCCCGGUCCACCUUUAAUGCUAGUAGUCUGACCGAGUAUCAGAUUAUUUUUCAGUCAUCCCUAAGAAAGCUCAUGUUGCUCACCGCAGCCGAAAUUAUUAGCGACAAUGCUCUUGUUGUCGAGAGUGGCGUUCGGCAGCAAAAGGGUGUAGGACCCCCAACUAACUUGAGCUGGCCUGUGAACCGUGUCAUACUUUAAAUGCUGGUAAAGGGAGUUUUUCGGGUGGGGCAGCACACAGGCCGGGAGCAAGAAGACACAGAAAAGAGAGAAAUUUCUAGGCAGAAUGGUAUUACCUACAAAGACAAGAGAGAGUGAAAUGGCCAUUUCUGGCUUGUUAGCCGUCGUCAGCCUGCUGGUUGGGCUCGAGGGAGAGCCCUAAGGUACAGCGGGACGAGUGAGUUCCAUAGAAACGAUCGUUGAGCGCCCCUCUACCAAGAUAAAUUUCUGCUGAAAGUCUCAUUGUACGCUGACUUUGGGUAAAUCACCGCUGGCAAGUUUACAUUUAGCCAGGAAGGGAAGGAAAUUUCAAACAAAGGAAACGGUGAAUAAUAAGUCACAUUUAUAGUCACACUGAAUUUUAGGGUACAUUUUUGGAGUUUCCGUCUGCUUGGGAGUCUUACGCCCUAUCGUUACCGUGGUGUUCCCAUAGGGUUCAAUACUGGGACCCAUUUUGUUCCUGAUAUACGUGGAUAACUGCGCAAGAGCUUUCGACUGCGAAGCAAAAUGUUUGCCGACCGCAUGGAAAUAUGGAGUAUAAUCCAGGGCCCUGCCAAUUAAGACAGACUGCAGAUGAACCUAAAUCGGUUUCCGGAGCGGUGAAACCGUUGACUCCUGCGCUUCAACGUCGGCAAGUGUGGCAUACUUUGCCUGGGCAACCCAGCCAGAACCGUCAGCACAGGGAACUACUUUCUCGACGAACCUCGGCGUGCUGACAACGUACUCCCUAAAACCAUCCCCUCAGUGUGGGAGCGGCAAAAGAGCAAUGUCCGUACUGUCCGCCAUCAAGCAGACUUUUAUGGAUUUUGACGAAGACGUCUUCUGCAAGACCUUCGAAACAUUCACGCGACCUUACUUGGAAUACGAAAUACAAUCCUGGUGACCAUGGGCGCUUCAACAUCAAAAUAGUCUUGAAAGCGUCAAGAGCAUAGCCACGCAAAUGAUUAGGGGUCAAAGCUCCCUUCCUUAUGCAACCGACCUAACAAAUCUGGACCUCUUCCCUUUCGGUUAUAGGCAACUGCGCAGGAAUUCCUCUCACCUGUCGUGAUAUCACUAUCGGCACUAACCUUCAUAUGUCCCAAGAUGAGCAAGAGCCAUGAGAGAUGGAGGUCAUUUUGUCAUACUCAUAUGGGACAAUUUGAAUUAUUCCAACCCGCAUGGGGAUACCCUGUACACCACAUUCAAUUUUACGUUUCAAAUAGGGUCCCCGAAGGCUCAGACCAAUUUCCCUCUAUAAACUGAACUGAAAUACACCAUCGGUAAUUUUUUUAAAUGCCACCAGGUAGAAGCAGGGGCGAAAGAAUAGAUGUAAUCAUUCUUUUUACUCAUUGGGACAGAGGGCACGCAGGACAACCAGAUGGGCAGUGCAAGCUUUCCUGAAUUUGCUUCUCAAUAAUUUGCCAAACGCAGAGAGCUGGUGUUUUAAUUGAUUUUUUCCGGGCGCGCAACGACCGGCGGACCACCGUAAAUAUCGGUGCCUUUGCCCAAACUUCCAGCCAACCACUGGCACGUGUAGUGACUGCUGGUGGCUUCUGUGCAUUUGUCUUUUUUAGUUAAAAUGAGGGUAAUAUGUGGUUAUGUAGACCCACUUAAUGGACACAAUACGGUUGGGGUUAGGGUUAGGGGUCAGGGGAUAGGGUCAGGGUUAUGGUUGAAGCAACUAUUUCUCAACCACUCAAAGUACAACCGCGCAUUCACAAUGGCUUCUCUUUUGCAUAUAAUUAUUUGACCUCAUCGCCUGUGCGUUCCCCGUUCCCACCUGCAAAAAACCCCUACAUACCACCGGUCCUGUAUUAUAGGUGGCUGGGGUUCGUUUACUUCAGGUGGGGCCACAUAACCACAUCUGACCAAAAUGUAGUAUUUGACGCGGAUGCUCUAGUCGUGGGCGUGAUUGUUGACAUCUGAAGACGCAUCUCGUCGUGGUCCAUGCCAUUUGACCUGAUGCUGUUAAGUCAGGUUUGCCUUCUGCGGCCUGGUCAUCCUGGAACAGGUUUCUAAACUCGCAUCCGAAAGUACCACGCUGGCGUGAUACGGAGUUCUCUGUAGAAACUGAAGUGCAACUUCUUAUCAGGGAUGGGGCUGGUCAAAAUGACUUGCAUCUGUCAUGCGUCGCCCGAACCUAGAUAUCUCCUAAUGCGUCAUUUUGAGUCUUUGCUUUUGUUGGCUGCUCUACACCAUUCCGGCAAAUAAAGUUGGUCCGAUCGUUGACAGUAUCAGCGUUGUUGGUCAUUCAUUUUCAUCAUUCAUCAUUCACCUUUUCUCCAUGCUGUCUCUAGGUCUUUGCUACUUCCGGUGUUUUCCGACUUCGACCGACCUAGUUGUUAAAUGUAAUCACUUUGUUUUGUCAUUGAACCUAUUUCCUUCCGUACCUUUUAAAUUGCACACAAGUUGGGGGAGGGGUGAGGGGACAACAGAGAGAAGUAAUCACCGAAGUGCCGCAUUUAACACGAAAAGAUGCAAAUCGAUAGCUUCCCCUUUUGGAAAUGUGCAAAUUCUUUACGCCUACCUCUUGCCUGACUGCAGAAAACGUGCCUCACUUCACCCACGAAAAUUCCUUUACCCUCUCUUUUUAGUGAGGAGAAGACGUUUUUUCGUAUCACUCAGGCUAUUUAUUUUCCGAGAAGUUGCUGUAGUCAGAAAGGGAGUUUUUUUAGCAUACACCCUAUUCUUAGGAUAUUUCAUUCACGCCAGAGUGCUGGCUUUCACAUGCGCGUCUUUUCGGCCACCUGAAAAAAUCAGUCCAAAAAGUGCCGCCUUAGUAGUAGUAUCAACCUUCUCCUUCGAUUUUCGAUUCAUUUAUAAAUCCAAGCAAACAUUACAUAAAUCUGCACAGAAUAUUUUUCCUUGCAACUAUUUUUCGUAACUUGCGCCUUUUAAUUGUAUGUUCGAAAAAGGGGUAUCUUAAAGUAUUUAAAAGUGUUAUUCCCCAAUGAUUUUGAACUCGACCUGCCGUUACAUUUGCGUUUAGUGUUUACGAACUACUAUUUCCAAACUCGGCGAUUAAAAAAUCGUGGAUUCCACUAUCUUAGGAAGACGGUGUCAUACAGCGCGCAUAAAAUUUUACAAUUUAUGGACCGUGGUAGGCGGACAGAAACGAUGGUGUUUGAAUAAACAUUGCACCGUCUUGAGGACUUCUCAAUUACAAACUUUUUGAAACCGAACAUUACACAUUUUCUCGAGUGGGAAAUUUCAAGGAGACAUGGUACACUGCUAAACGAGUACACCUAGGGGAUGUUUUUGUGCAUGCCGUUUAUAAUCCAUGUCUGGAUUUAUAAAGGCAUUGCAAGUUAAUGGACAAAUCCAUGCCAACUAAACAACCAUUUUCGAGUGUGCGAUUUUUACAGGUCACUGAAUGGACUUGAAUGUACUUUUUUGUGUAUGAGACCGAUAACGCUCCCGUCUCUUUUUCUUCUUCAGCUUAUCCAUCCACCCGUGGCCAGUCCUGGACCUCGAAACUGCCCUGGUUAGGUAGGUCGUGAUUGCAAGUAUGCUUUCUUCCUUCUUCUCUAUUCCAGCUCUUCGUAUUCCUUUGAUGAAACCUCUAUCAGGAGACUGUUUCCGCUUGCAAUUCUUAAUUCCUGCGGAGGACGAUACAGCACUUUCCUCCCUCGUAAACGACCAUGACAUUUGUAGGUCGGUGGGAGACUCAGUUAUUGUUGGUGCACUUUCCCCCCAGCCGAAGAACAUUCUGGAGGUGGCGACUCCAUUCGAGUCCUGGCUUUGUACUCGAACUGAAAACGCCAAAGCUUGUUUGGCAACCGUAGGGGUGGUGUUUAUAGGCUCCUUCUUGGUGUCUUCAUUCAUCACUCCGUCUCCGAUCCCUAAAGUUCCGCCUGUUCGAUUUGCAACGCGUUAACUCUGCCAGCUCUGCAGACACCUGCCCUCAACCGCGACAAAAAGACCACUGUAAGACCGGCUGUUCGGUCUCAUUAGGAACAGGCUAAGCAGCGGCCGCAGCUGAUUUGUUCUGUGUUUCGGACAUGCACACAAAAUUUCAAAUCUCUACGUACAUUCACCCGAAGAGCGUUCCACAGGUGGAGCUCUAACAGGUCUGGCCUGAUUCGAACGAAUUCAGAUAACGCGCUCACGGCUAAGGCCCUCGCAGACGGAAGCGUGAUGCAGAGUAAUAUGUACACGGGAAGUAUUGCCCGUGGAGACGAAGGAGACUUCAGAAAUCGCUUUGAGUUUGUUUGCUGUAGUCAGUCAACCAUACCCAGCUCCUAAACCGCGUUUAGUUGGCCUAAAGUCCAACAUUCUACUACUGGGUCUUGAACCAAAACUCAAUUUAAUGAAGUCUAAGUGGCGCUUAUCAAUCGACUUGGUUGUUGGGCCGAAUAUCAGUGUUUCGUUUUUUUUCCUUGAACUCAAGACUAAGCCACGUCUGUGAGGUGAUGAAGGACCAUUCACGGUAGCGCUUUUCUUAGAAGCGACGGAAUCCCAAGUUUUCCGCUUGGGCUUUGCGUGGGAAUCGACUAUUCUACAAAGAGACCAUAAGUCUUCAUUUCGGUUUUUAAUUUUCCAUUUAGCUCUGAGAUCUUCGCAGGCGGAACUUCAAAUCAUGCGACUUUUUUAGGAGGAGGAAGCGAAUUUCCCGAACUCUUUUGUUGUACUCUAAGGCCUACGGUUAAUCGGAUUAUAUAUCCCACUCUAAAACCUAACAGCCUUAGGAUUUUAUAAUCGUUACCGUUGACCUUGUCUAUCCAAACGACCAACAUGAUUAACGUAUGACUUUAGGCAUUUUUCGACAGUGAGAUGUUAUCUAUAAACCCUUUUUCGUAAGUUUCACAUGUCGGUGUGCGCUCACAGCAAGCUCGCCUUUUAAAUCCGACAACAAGAAGUCGCGCUUGAGCCACCUUAUCUCAUCCCAGUAUCUGUUUUCUGGGACUCGAUUUGUCGACAUGGCAGUGUGUGCGCUAAGACUCCCGCUCUUCCUAAACAUCGUACCUGGACAGCCAUCCUCUAGGGAGUUAGAAUUGACUUGUAUGCCUCCCUAUCUGCGCUUAUCCUCAAUCAAAACAUCACGGCGUAGCCAAUCGUAUUGCGCCUGCAGCCUUUAAAGCCGACUGUAGACUUCGGUUGCAUCCAAACGCGUUUGGACUGGGAGAUUUCGAUUUACCAUCUCUGUCGCCGCUAAGCAUGUAGCUAGUUGUUUGGUCCUUUGUUAAAACACACCACUAGGUGUCACGGAGCCCCGACUUUAACUUCCUUAUAAUAGAAGGUGGAAGUCGUUCGUGUACUGAAAGUCUUCGUAGGUCAUACGUUACUCCGAAGAUUUCCUGCAUUUGCUGGGGAUUUUGAUUCAUUCAGUUUCUGAGCGAGGAGAUUUUCGCUAGUCAACAGGAUUGUCUUCGAAAACACAUAUAUAGUUAGAAGAUAGUAGGUUCUUUGGAAGCAGUAAGAACUUUAUUAGUAAGUUCCCGAUGUCUGUUCCCUCGGUCGUCGUCAGACUUGAGUAAAUGUACAAAAACAGUCAAAAUUUCUAACGUGCCCAGAAAAUCAAUACCACUUCUUUCAGUAUAUAUAUAUAUAUAUAUGGGCAGAAUGCUGUUACCUACAAAGACAAUGGAGCCUGGAAUGGCCAUUUCUGGCUUAUUAGCCGUCAUCAGCCAGCCAUACCCAAGCCCGAAGUGUGGAACACCCGAACCCCAAGGCACAAGAGAACAAGCAUGUUCUGUAACCUGAUCGCUGAGCGCCCAUCUGUCAUAAUUGAUGUUCCCGAUCAUAACCGACAGGACAACGGGCCCGUGGCUUAAUGGUAGAGCGUCAAACUCCAUGAACAAAGAUCCCGAGUUCGAAUCUCAAGUAAUCUACACUUGGGGUUGGGUAUGACUGGCUGAUGACGGCUAAUAAGCCAGAAAUGGCCAUUCCGGUCUCCCUUGUCUUUUUCGGUAUCAUCUCAUAUCUAUAUAUAUCCACACCCGUCGCAGAACAAUGGGUCCAACCGAAAGACGUUGCCCACGUGCGUUUUGCUGUGUAUUAAGCAUUUAAUGGCAAAACAAAGUAAUGACUGCUCCAGUAAAACACUCGUACCAGAGAGCGUUUAGUGUGUAAAAGCGGUCACAAUAACUGUCGCCUCUCUUGUAGCGGACGACGAAUUUCCUUCAGUCAGACGGCCCUGCGUGCCGAGGGUUAGUAAUAAUGACUGCUAUUUCCUGGAUAUGCUUCCCUGAACUGCUCAGCCUAUUCAAGUGCAACUCUCAUUAUUGAAAACGAGCCUAUUUUCAUGUAGUUUGUUCGUAUCGAACGACUAGCGGGGAACUGUUGGAGCCUCCACGAGACUAAAGGAGUCCAAAAGUGAUCGAUCAGGCCUCAAACGCCCAAUCUACCAAUGGAGUUGACCACUUUAGUUGUGUGCAUUUUCUUCUCAUUUAUUUUUUGGUGCCUAUUUAAAUUUAACCAAACGUCGCAAAAAUUACGUGCAAGAAUAAUUUUUAUACUACACUUGUAAGAAUUUUGGCUCAAAAUGGGCUUAUUUGAAGUGAGGGUGUUUUGGGCCCUAGCCUUUUUGUCGGCGCCUUCAUUAUUUGGGAUCCGACCUGCUUUUGAACUUGCGUCUGGAGUUCCCAGAGCGGUAACGUACACAGGAUGUAAAUCGCCGGACUAGAGAUCACCAGAGCAAGACCAUAUUUGUCGUAUGAUCUAGUUUUUUGGACGAUUCAGGUUUUCCGUCCAUAUUUAGGUCGAGACGUAGUAGGGAGAUUCGAGAAGGCCAAUAUAUCCUGCAGUGUAUACUUGCUUUAACUUUACGCUGGAAGGACAUGAGCAUUCAUCUACUUCCAAAUUGUUUUAUGAUGCAUGUCUACUACUAAAUCCCGACUCAUUACACUGAAAUUCCUCUCAUGUUUCGCUUAGGAAACAACCUUAAAACUUAAUGUUAUCAAUAAAUAAAAGUUGCUAUCAUCCUCCCGAAAAGUGACUUAAUGCUAGCCUUUUUUAGCCCCCGGCUCAACUUUCAUAUCGGAGCGUUAACUCUAUCCGACUUGAGUGUAUGGAGUAAACCGUGUCAUUACUGUGUACUGACAACGUUUUCCCAUGACGUCAUCAAAACAUUGCCUUGCGAGCAAACUAAUUACAGUCAAUAAAUUGCCUAAAAGCGCUCUCUUCUUCCCCUCCGCAACCAUGGCCUAGAUUUUGUGCUUUGCUUCUGUCACAUACUCAGUGUUCUUGAGUGUUAACGCAUGCCGCAUAAUUCCUCCUCAGUGGCUGCCUUCGUUCCAGUAGUUCUUCUCUGCGCUCUGGUACGCAUAUGUUCGCAGCGUCGCCAGUUAGACUUCGCUGACGAGGUCCAGCCAGACCAGAAUGGAGCCGAUGGGCAACCGGGAGGAGCCUGCGGAGGUACACCAAUAGCGCAACUUCGUCCCCUUGGUCCACGCUACAAGAUGACACCUACAAAGCGUGGGCUACUCUGGGCAGCCGGACUGCGACGAACCCGUUCUUCCGGUCAGUUAGGAUGCGGAACCCCAGACGACUACCCGAAGGCCUUCCAACUCCAACCGAAGCGUUCAGUGCAGCACCUGUGUGGUGGGGAGGACCUUCGUUCCUCAAAACUCAAAAUAGAAGAGGCCGACGAGGAGACUGAAGCAGCCGCGGGUGGAGGUAGUCAGCAAGAGAUGGAGGAAUUUGGUCUGCCAACCCCAGCUGCCACACCCAUCCGUGGUCUACAGGAUUGCAGUCGUCCAAAGUGCUGCAAUCUCCAGAUUGACAUGCGACAGCCCUGUGAGGCUGAUCUCCUCCUCAGCGCUUCUCCACGUAAGGCCAGAGUGACGACGAGGCAGAAGCCGGCUGGUCAUCCGACGGGUCGACUUAACAGUGAUCCCCAGACCCGCGAGCAUUUUCGCCUUCCUAGCAGCCUAAUGAUGUCCUGCUGGUCUGAGAUGUCACCCUCUUCCUCCAGUAGCGGCAGUGCUUUGCCAACGCCGGCCCCCUUGACUGCACCUCCUGGCAUUGACGAAUGCUGUCUACGUAGUGAAGCCGAUCCCGAGGUUUUCUUUCCCUACCGUUUCAAUGGACAGGCGGAGAGGGAGGACGAGGAGGAGGAUUCGUGUGCUGUCUGUCGUCAGAUGCGCGAAUCCGGCUGUCUACCAAACGAGGUAAGAAUAUAUUGUUACAAUAUAUGACCUACUUAAUCUUAUUAGUAGAUAGUAUAUUCCCGAAUUAAUGCUAAUCUUUCAGGCCGACGGCGACACAUCCAAGUCAAGCCCACUUGAACAGACUCCCUCGACGAGCUCCACCAGUGAUGUGAGCAGUUGUGGUAAUGGUCAGUCAAGCUCUCCCCGUGCAUUCCCGACGCAGACCACCAGUGUCACUGAAUGUCGCGCCUCUGUUCACGGCGAGGAACGGGAGAAAGUUAGGGAUCAAGCCUCUUCACCGGUUACCAUGCAAGGCGAUGAAAACUGUUCAAGCAUUUGCUCCGACCCCCUGUUGCAAAUACAGCCCAACGCUGCCGCCGCACAGUCUCAGCUCUCUCUCACAAGUUCGAUCGCCAUGCCUGUAAGAUGACCUGUCAACGUGGCUCCUUAUUCUUCUUGCCUGCCUGUUGAUCGUUCUCCUCAUGCCAUCUUUCGUAUGAUUAUGUUUUCACCUUCUGGACUGCAAUUUGGCUCGAUAACCUUUUUGUCAUGGGUCUCCGUAUGAGGUUUUUAAGUCCGGACUGCGAGAAAUAGGGAAAAUCAGUACUUUACGAAAGGUUGCAUGCUUCUCCAAUGCAGCCGUCCUGGAGCGUUUUGGUGGCUUUACAGUACUCAGUUUGCCCUCGCUCAAGUUACCACUGCAGUCACACCUCGUUUACUUAAGUUUUCAAUGUCCUCUAGGAAAAACGCCAGAACUAGCUGAGUUUUCGUCGUAUUUUGCUGUUGUUUUAGGCGGAAACGGUGGAGUCAAAUGGGCAAUGA